GUUACGGUUAAGUUAAACCGCGGAAAUGGAUUUACCUGCGUCAAAUUAUGGGAAACUUGAUAACAGGAACCCAGUUAUCGUGGCCUUUGAACGAGACAUUAACUCGUUCAUAACAGUGAUGAAACGAGUCGCUUCUUCAGCCAGCCAGGACAACUCCUGUCAUGCUAAAGGGUGAGAUACUGACAGACAGUUUAGCAUGAACUAACUGUUGCUAGACCAAGAUGGUGCUACCCAAAAGACAGCUCGACAUUAGAAUGAAAAAACAAAACCCUGUGUAUUCAUCUAAAAAUGAUAUGUUUAAAAUGGCAAACGGGCUUUCCAAGAGAUUGUUGCCACAUCGAUGACUAACUAGGCUAAUAGUGAAUAUUUUAUAUUGGCUUGUGCCUUGUGUCAAUGAAACAUUUUCUUUGAAGGAUUAAAAUCCUGGUAGAGAUAUGGAGGAAGUACAAACAUCGGCUGCCAUCUAACUUCUACCAGGAGCGCAUGUUGGAUGUUGCAGAUUUUCUCUUUGGAAUAGAGGUAAAGUACAGUUGCUAAAAUUAUUAUUGAUAUUAUUGUUAAGAAAAUACUCAGAUAGAUGGAAAUAGACUAACUGGUAUUUUUGGUGGUGUUUAUUGUUUUCUAACCAGGAUAUUAGUCACCCAUAUAAAACUGCUGCUAAGUGUCAAAGUUAAUGGUUUGUGUUAGAAAAGCCAUGUGGUUGUUAGGCUGUUUUUUUUCCAUCCUUGCCUCUACAUUAUCUUUAUGAAAGGACAAAUGCAACAGUCCAUGUUUGGAGCAGUUGUAAAAGAUCAUGUUUACAGUUGCCAUUCAAUGCAUCUCCCUUCUCCUCUUUUGCAGUCAUAUCAGCUGGCUCUUUGGCAUGGCUACAGUCUCCACCUGUUGCAGUUCACCUCAGUGAAAAUAACUGAUAUCACAGAUCUGAACCACUUCAUGGCCUCUUUCUUCCCUGAGGGUUUUGAUACAGAGCAAAAUAUCUUCACCAUGAAGGUAGAUUGUGCUGUGUGGGCGGAUGUGUGGUGUAAACUAUGCAGAAAUUUUGGAAUAGAGAAAUUACUUCUCUUAAGCUGGAUACCAUAUGCUGUUAUUUCUCUCUCUCUCUCUCUCGCUCGCUCUCUCUCUCUCUCUCUCUCUGUGUGUGUGUGUGUAGAUUCGUGCUAUGCAGGGCUGUGCCCUUUGUAUAUUUGAACUGGAGAGAAAGCACCGCAUCCUCAGCCAGAAGGGACUCUGCAGACUGCUUCGUGUGCUUAACUUUAUCAAGAUCAUGAUGCAGGCUUUUCAGCAGCAUGACCACCUCAGCUGGCAGAUUUAUAAUGGUAUAUGAGUACCAUUUAUAUCAUGAUGUUCACCAAUUAUUCUUUGUCUGACACAGAACUGAGUUUUCCCAGAAUAGAAUUUACUUUUUGUUCCCAAAAAGAAGACUUGUCUUAUCAGUAAACAUGGUGAAAUAGACAGUUCUAUUUUUACUUGGUAUACAAGUUAAGAUAAUCACAUCCAAACAGUCACCUUAGAUUCACAGAAUCAUGUCAGUAGACUUAGGGUUCACAGUCAAAAUCAUGACUUUUCCUACUGCUUGUUUAACUGUUGAAAAAACUACAAUGUGCGUCAUAUUGCAUUAUGCCCUUGGCAACCAUUUUCUCUCCUCCAGGUUCAAUACACAUCUACAACAUCUGCCGUUAUCUGAUGACCAUGAAUUACAGUGCACAGGUACUCAACUUUGUUUUGUCUUGAUCAGCGUUCCCAAAAAGCUUUUUCAAAGAUUGUUUAGCCAUGAAUGACUCAGAUGUGAGUGUACUUUAAGGCAAAUGUUUGGUUAGUUACUUAAUGCAUGAUGUGCUGUAAUCACUUAGUGCUUAUAUUCGUUUAACUGUCACUAUCCCUGAUACCACUUUAAAUAAUCCCAUCCAGGCACUGGAGUAUCUCCUGUGGGCAAGUGUGAGUCUGAAACUCUCCACUCCUCUGAUGACAUCCAAAAAUCUGCCAUGGAUUGUCACUCUCUACUGUGCUGUCUGCCUCUGUUACUAUGACAACCAGGCAGAGGUGCAAGCAGAGGUGAAGGAUAUACUAAAUCCACAUCCAGACACAUACAAACACACACUCAUUGAGAUGUCAGCAGAUUGUUCACAGUGUAAUCUUCAUAGAUAUAAAGAGAAACAGCAGUUUGAUGAUCUUUGAGUGUUUACAGCAGAUGACUAAUCAUUUUGUUUGGUGUUCAACUGCUGGACUUCUUUUUUUUUUAUCAGCUAUGAUUUUAUCUGUGGUAAUGAAAUGCAGUUAUUCACAGGUCAAAUAAUUAACUCCUUAUGCUGAUAUGUUUCUAUUUAAUGAUAGGAAUGUGUUGUAUCAUCAUUUUUUUGAUAAAAAAUGUGAUAAUUUAUAUUUAAGUCACAAAUCAUUAACAUACUGCUAAAUAAUUUUGUGAGACACUUUCCUCAUUUGCAGGAUUUCUUUGUGUCUACUGACUCUUUUAGGAGUUUGCCAGGAGAGCUCUUGAAGAGAUCAGUGAGCUAGCAAAGAUGGAGGAGCAGAGUGAAGUUCCUACCACUGGAGAGACCCAGAGAGCUUACAAAGAAGCCUCAAUUAAGGCAGGAAACUUCUUAAAGUUAAAACGAGUUAUUGUGCUGUCUCUGCAAUCAAAUGUUGGAGAGUAGAAAAUGUCAUUACCUAUCAGUGUAACUAAAAAAACUUUUUGCAUCCAGAUAAAAUAAGUGCUCGAAUUUUUAACUUUUUAAAAAGUUUUUUUUUCUUUUACUGUGUUGAUAUGUUUUGGUUUGGUUUUAAAAAUUGAGACUGAUUUUGAAAAUUUUUUUGAAAAUUUUUUCAGCUGGCUGUUAUGAUUUUCAAGCGGGCUGUGUUUGAAGGCAGAAGACGACCUGUGCUCAGAACCAAAACCAGAAGCACCCUGAAGGACAUACCCAAUGUAAAAAGAUCAUCUUCACGGCUGUAUCAUCAUUCAGUCUUAUUUCCUAUCUUGAAGUCUACUGUCACUUAAAAUGGAGUACCAAUCACAUUCUUUCCUCUUAAUUUCAUAUACAUAAUUUUAUAAAAAAUUAAGUUGCAUUACUGCCAUAACUGCCCUAACUUUUGUGCCUUUUUUACAUCACCUCCUACAAAUCAUUAAAGUCAUAAAUAAUUAUUGUUGAUUAAUUAUAUUCAAAUUGUUGGAACUUUUUGUCUCUAGUUCCUAUCUGUUGCACCUUAUCAGGAUUACAAUAAUAGUUUCAAUUGUGGCAAGAUGUUUGCUUUGAUGGUCAGCUGAUCUUAUUAUUUUUUUUCCUUGUGACAUUACUCAAAGUUUUAUGUCUGUGAAUGUUUCCCGCAGGCUCCAUGGCCCCGUAAUACGACGGAGCACAUACUAGAAGGUCUGUUUGACAACAGUGCAGCACGGUUUCAAGGGAUCUUGGAAGCACUUUGGGACAGCAGUAAACACCCUCUGGAGAUGAGGAUGGCAGAAAAACCAGAGUGUCACGAUGUGAUCUUGGAGCUCCUGUCAGCUGGCAUCAUUAUAUUAUCUGGUUAGUAAAUCAAACUCACUGAAAAAAAACACCUUGUAGUGAUUGCAUGAGGUGCACAGUAAGAGUAGGAAACAUAGAAUACAAGUGCAGCAAAUGGCUUUAAUCAUUUUAGGUGUGUAGGUGAGUGUUUGCUUACUUUGUAUAUUAAGCAAAGUGCUUUUAUGUCUUCAAAGAAAUAACAACUACAAGUGAGUCUCUUGCAUUGAGCCCAACAUCAACUCUAAUGGAGCUAGCCAUUACAGGUAAGUGACUUUUUCUAUUUUCACACAUUGGUGACAACCUGAUUUCAUCAUUUCUAUGGAGUAUCAUCUUUACAAUUGUUCAGAUAUCAAUAUGAAGUGAUUUAAUGUAUUGUGUUGCUAGGAGAGAACAAAGUGCCCAUCUUGUCUGCAGUGAGGUUCAUCAAGCUGUUGUUUCAGUACAAGCAGUCAAAUGAAUUAACAGAACUUUCCAGAAAGAUGCAACAGGUUUUGUCUGUGAGUAUAAGCAAUUGCUGUAGUUUUCACCAUUUAGCAAAGUUCAAUCGAAAAUUCUUGUUAUGUUUUACAUUUGAGCUUGGGUCUGUAUGUUCCUGAUUGUCUUUUGUAUCUUCCUGUGGUAGAGUGUGGAAGGUCAGUCAUUCAGGAGGGCAGAACUGGAGCUUACUCUGCUUAACAGUUUCAACAGUCUGCUUUCCUCCCAGAAGACCCAUCCGAAAGAGGAUAGCAUGGUUGAUGGUAGCACUAGUAAAACUGUACCAAAUACACUAAAAGCCUUUUUAAAAACUUGCUUAAUUUCUGAUAUUGACAGUAAUUAUCAGUGAAAUAUGAUAUGACUGUGUUGUUUAAUGUUCCCAGCAGGUACACAAAAAACUAUUUUCCAAAUGAGUCAUGAAUUUACUGGCCUGGUGGAUACCCUGCACAAGUCUGUUUGUGGCUCUUCUCCUGUAAGUUUCUGUGUUUGUGUUUGUGUAUGUGUGGGUGUGUGUAUGCAUAAUUGUGUUGAGGCUGAUCUGGCAGGGAAUAGGUUUCAAAUUGAAAUUCGAGGAAGAGUUCAGUGUUUUCAGAAUUUGAGUCAUUGUGAGGUGAUUAAAUACCAUUCACAUCCGUCUGUGUAGGAGGUGCAGCCGGAUGAGGACCUGGUUUUGAAUGCAGUGUUCUUUCUUUGGGAUAAAAUCAAGUCGGCAUUUCAGAGGCAUCAGCUGCAAAACCUGAACAUCACACAACACCUUGAUAGAGUAGAUGAGUAUGACAAGGUAUGUAUGAAAACAGUUAAUUUGACCUAAAGAAACCCUUCAUAUUUACAAAAAGUGUAAAGCUGCUGUGAGAAACUUUUAGUUUGUUCAAGUAUUGAUGCCUCCUGUGAAAAAGUGAUACCUGUUAUCUAUUGUCCUGUACAUGUAAGAGUAGUGUUCUCAUCGCUCACUGUGAGUAUUUGUUGUGUAAGAAGCCAGAAAAGGCUGUUUUUUUAGUCUGCUGUCAAUCAUCUUGCCUGAUAUCUACCGCCUCGCAGUGGUUCAAAAUGACUAGUUAAAUUAUGCCUUUAAUGAAGACUUCCAACUUUUUCUCCCAAUGUGUAAAUGUCUGUGACACAUGCAUGCAGUGGCUAUGGUGUCUGUCUAGGCUGUGUGAAGUGGCACUUGCCUGUGACCUUGCAACUGUCGACUGCAUAACAAUGGCAGAGAUGUUGCACACAUUCGCCACACAGCUUGAGAGUGCAGCUGAACGUAAUGAUCAAACACAAGAUCCUGGUGAGCAAUCAAGUUGUAAAAUUUUCCAGGCUACAGUGUCUGGGAUGGUUUUUAUUAUGUGUUUUUUCUAUUUGAUCUCAGUUUUAUCAUUAAAGAUCAUUGGUAUACUGUUAUAGUAUACUCAAAGACGUGUCAUGAUUCAACAGCAUACAAAAACUGUAAACUUUUCUUAUGUUUUAGGUCUAGCUGCCCCUGAAUCACAUGUAAAUGAUGUGACGCAGAGGCCCUUCUCUCUUCUUAUGGUAUAGUAAUAAAUUAUGUAUACAUCUGGUUAUGAAACAAACAGUUUUUGAAGGAAUGUGAUAAAAAAGGACUGUUUUUGCAGAAUUCAAGUACAAGCCUGCUUAAGAUGGUGUGUGAGGUGUUGGAGAAGGGACUUAAAGCUCUGGCCAAAGGUGCAGUUUCACUACUGCCCCGUGAUUUCUCUGCAACAACAGACUCUGCCUUCAUCCAGGUACAUGUCUUUUUCUAAUUCUCACAUGAAAUACUAGGAAUAGGAAAACCAAUUGUGCAUGUUGUUAAAACCUGCUCUCUGUAUUUCUGGCAGAAAUUCAUUCCCCACCCUCCAUCAGACCCCCCUUUAUCUUCACGGACAUCAUCAGAAGACAAAACCAAAGAAGAUGAAUGUCAGACGGAUGAGGGGGAACUAAAAAAUAAUGCAGAGUCAGAUAUGAAGGUCUGCUAUCAGACCGAGUCGACACAUAUGUACCAGCUGAUCAAGGACCUUCAUCAUGAGCUGAACAUCAUCUUCUACAGGGCUUCCGUCAACUUACUGCAGCGAAAUGCAGGUCAGACUCAUUUAUGUGUGACUUUUUGAGAAAUAAUUCUGCAUUCAUUUAAUUGUUACUUGUACUUUUUUUAAAUAAAAGUGGGCAAUUUUACAUGAAGUCUAUGACUUUAUUUGAUGGUUAGCUUGAUUACAUUUUUCAGAUAGAACAUCAUUUAAAAGAAAAUCUGCCACCAAACACUCCCUAUCUGCAAAUACAAAUUGGAAGUUUUAAAUUGUGUUUAACUGUGUUUGGCUGCUUCUAGUUUCAGAAUCCGACUUGCUGGAUAAGAUUAAGAAGAACAAGGUGUCCAAAGCUCUUUUCCUGAUCCAAAAAGCCUCCAUGGAGUACAACAUGGAGCCAAAUAACAGAAGAAAAACAAAGACUUUGCUUGAGGUAACUUAAACACACAUAUAUACUCUGUUUUUAGGACACUCCAGUCUUUAUUUCAGGAUGGGAUGAAAAAAAAUUGAUGCAUCUUAUUUUGCAUAAGGUAUAACAUUAUUUUGUAUUGUUCAGUACAUGACAACAUGCCAGCUGUAUAUUUGUUUGCAAGCAUAAACACACUGGUAUUUGAAUGAAAAUAUACAAUAUAUCAUAAAAUUUAAAAGUAUUACAGAUUUACAAUAAAACAACAACCUGUGAAAGUGUUUUCAACUGAAUGUAGACUUCAGUUAAAGAAUUGAGUGGCUUGAUUGUUGCUUUUUUGACAUCUGUUCUUAAUAGCACAUCUUGUGGAGUGUAAGUGGAAGGCCUCUGACACCAGUGCUUUUGCAAACAAGUGAUUUACGAUUUGCGUUUCUUAAACAUGUUAAAGAUUUAACCGGUUUCUCGAUGUGCUCUUGCCAGGAGGCCUUUACUCUGGUAGAGAAAGCAGGGCUGGAGGAGAAAAAACUUUACUUAUCCUCCACUAACAAGACUCAACCUGAAAAUAAAGAAAAAGGAGUAAAGGAAGGAAAAGAAAGCCCUCCACCUCCUCCUGUCCUAAUCUCAAGGACGGACCACUCCAUGACCUUUGUUCCAGCACCUUAUAAGUUAGAGGAACAAGUAAGAAAAUCUUUUUUUUAAUCCUUGAGUUAUCCAAUCUAUAAAAAGUAGAAAGAAUCCUGGCAUAACAUGAAUACUCCUGAUGGUACUGCUUAUUUUCUGUCCAGGUGUUUUGGUACCAGCUUUGUGGCCGUGCGGCUGACAGCAUUAACCUGAAAGUUCGCCUUGGAGACUGCAGCCUGCCAGGAACAGGAAAUAUGGUGGAGUUUGUCUCUUUAACAGAAGACUGUGAAGUUGAAUGGGAUCUGUUUUUGUCUCCUUGUGUAAUCAAAUAUAUUCCCUUGAUAAUAACUUGCUUCAUGUGUUUUCAGGUACCAGCAGUGUCUGAUGAAUGUGUGCUCAGAGUGGAGGGGCUAGUACCCAACCAGAGGUAUGUGUUUGCUAUUGCAGCUUACAACAGCCAGGGCAAGCUACUGGGCAACAACAUAGGGGCAACAACUUCCCCAUUGCUGGCAUCCAUGCCGCCGCCACUACUCUCCACGUGGGCUCACUUGGCACAGGUAAACUCACGCUGCUAAAAACUGAUGUUAAUACUCAUGGCUGACUGGGCCCACAUGCUUACAUUUGUGUUUGGAUCAUCUUUCUCAGUGAUCUAAAAUCAUAGACAACUGAUAGAUUGAGAGGUAUGUUGUUUGCAGAUUGGUGAUUACUGUUGCAAAAAAAGACAAAACACAGGCUUGAAAGAUGUUGUCCUUGAGUUGUGGUUCUAAAACCUGUGCAGACACAUACUAUAAGGAUAAACUUGUGAAUGCUGAAAACAAGAGAGACAUGAACAAUGAGUUUUGCUUUUUGACCCUUUUUUCAGGUGGCAUUUCAAACAGAGCAACAUGCCAUAGCAAAGAGAGCCUGCAGGUUGUUGUGGAGCCACUUUACCUCUCUUGGCUAUGGGUCCCACAGCUUACAGGACAGACUCGCAACCACAGGGUAAGAAGGGAAUCAAAUGAAUAUUCAGUAUAUUAACAUGAUAUUAAAAAUGUCAAUGUAUCACAUCAGAUCAACUUAAACAGGACAAAUGAAAUGUAGAUGUUCCGACCAAAUACAGACCAAAGAUGCAGAAAGUCGAAUUUUUUCAAGUCAGACCAAUAAAUUUAGAUAACGUUUAGGAUAGAUUUUUCAUUGCACAUAUACAAUACAAUUGGCCCCAAACAGGCCUAAGAAUCCUGUGCAUCCUCCAUUGUCUGCCUUAUUUUGACUUAUUUACAAUUGUUUUGUUGUGUGAUGCACUACGUCAACUGGAAGAGGGUAGGAAAUUACUGAGGAAAAAGAAAUAUUGCUGACUACCAUAGUGGUGGAAGACAUACUUUUGUAGAUAAAACAUUUCUGGCCUCCUGGUUUUAUACCAGGACAAGGACAGUAGUCUAGUUGCCUGAUCGAACUCUGACCAACUUGAUUUUAUGUACUGAUUUUAAUAGUUCAAAUGAAGAUUUUUUUAUACUUUUACUUUCCUAAUCUUCCUUCCACAAACUCCUCAUCCACUUUGCUGCAGGCUGUGCGUCUGGACCCUGCAAUGUUCCUCUCCUCAUCUGGUCCGAUUGUUCAUCACAUCCAUCUUCAUUGAGACAGAGAUCAACAUUCAGCAGGGAUCACUCUACUUUGACCCGAUCAGUCACAAUAGACCUUUUAUCUGGGAAAAGGUAAAAUUUUGCUCUUGGUAGAGAGUUUAAAUGCACCAUGUAUAUAUUUUCCAAAUAAAAUGGCAGGAAGAAAAGAAAAGAUCACGCUUUUGGGGCCUUUUUAUAUUAGCAGCACUACAGAGGCACUGUCUGUGUGUUUGCAGGAAGCCAGACUGGCAGAGUGUGAGCGAAUGCUGGUGGCUACAGACCUUGCAAUGUGGUUAAAUGAUGGUGAUGCCGCUGUACAAGCUGUUGUUGGCUGUUAUGGCCUCUUGGCACCUCUGAUUUUCCAUCAGAUCACUUGCAACCUUGUAGUUGAGGUACACAAACUCUUAUUUUUGCAAUGGCCAACAAAACUUUGAUAUAGUACUAACAACAAACAAUUGCAGAUUUGCACCUCAGUCUAUAUUGUCUGUGUUUGAUGUUCAGGUGCUCAAAAAAUGUUUGAUUGUUUUGGAGGAGAAUUCAGACACUCUCAAACAAAGAAGGACUGGAAACACCUCAGAGUCAUCAAUGCACAUAAUAACCUGCAUUACCUACUAUCUGUCAAAGGUUGGUCUGAAAGUUUUUAUAUUAACUUUUGCUGUCAGUUUCUGUGCAACCUCACCUUGCAGAUUUUUUGGUUCUAAGGGCUACUUUUAAAAACACAUUUAAUCAGUGGCAUUCCUUUUGUUUAAAACUUGUGUUCCUUUAAAAAAUUCUGUCAUAUACUUAACAGUGAUUUUUCAUACAUUUACACUCUGCAUGUACUAUAUUAUUGUUUUAUAUUCUUUCGCUAGCUUUUUGUAGGCACACUAAUUCACGUGGUCUCACAGCUCCAAGAUGUAAGAAAUGACUUGCACAAAAUAAACUCUUUUCAUCCUAUCCAGGCUUACCGUGUGCUACGAGAACCAAGGAUGGCGUCUGAAGUGAUGGAAUGUGGUUGUAGUUUGCUCCAAGGAGUCUUUGAUUCCCAGAUGCAGAUCACAAGUACCAUAAAUGAGACUUUGGGUGUAAGGAAAAGUGAAAAGGUUAUCUCAUGUGGAAUUGUUUUCAUUUCUAAUUUCCUAAGAACUUAAGUGUGUGUGUGUGUGUGUGUGUGUGUGUGUGUGUGUGUGUGUGUGUGUGUGUGUGUGUGUGUUUGUGUAGUUAAAGACAGAUCACAGUGCAGUCAACAGAACGAGUCUUCAGUUAAAGGCAAUGCGUUUGAAGAACAAGAGCAGAAUCCCAAGUGAAGCAGCUACCACUGCAGACAAUGGUAAAAAAAAAAUCUCUUUAUGAAUAACUACUACUCCAUGUCAAGAAUAAUAUUUGAAUCAGAUCCAAACUGUAUAUUUUCCUAAUCCUAUAUUGUAUAUCUCUGUCCUUGUUUUUUUUUUUUUAGAGAUGUCAUGCUCGCUGACUGGCUGUGAGGAUCGUACCAUGUUAUAUGAUCUUAUCUCCAACAGCCCGCUAAAGGAUGCCUAUCAAGAAGGUAAGUGGUACACAUUCCACUUUUGUUUUAAAUGUUUCAUAAUUUGUGGUCAUUCACUGUGUUUUGUAUGUCCAUUCUUGACAGUGACAAAGGUCAGACGUAAGGCAUACUUUAUUGAAUUUGCGGCACUACUUCUCCAGCGGACCAUGGAAGAGGGUGAACUUGACCUUGUGUUGAAGUGGGGGAAAAGUAUACUUGAAUACCUUUCUAGGUGUGCUUUCAUUACAUAAAAUUCAUUCGGCAGUUGAAAAGAAACUCAAAAUGAUAGAUCCUACGAUUAUACUUUUAAUGGCAGGACACCCAAUACUGUCCUGUUAAAUUUUGUCCUGCUUUUUAUUACAUUUUCACUGUUUUACUUUGACACUUGACACUUUUGGAAUGGUUCUCUCUUUGUCAGGCGUGAUGAGGUCAUGGGGCAGUACAGAAAAUGUUUUGAUGGAAAUGGUCAAAGUAACAGAAGUAACAGAAGUGACAGCGGUCAGGCUGCAAAAGGAAAUGAAUCUCCUCAGGUAAAAAAAAAAAAACAGCUUGUGCAUGGCACAAAAUUGCCCCACUUGGCCCUAAAGCUGGUCUAAACAUCAUGCACAUACUCAAUAGUUCGCACACCAGGCUUUGAUCUGAAAGUCAAUGAUCAUAAAUGCACAGAAAGAAGCCUGCAUUCUUGUGUGCUUCUGGGUAUCACCACAAGCCCUUUGGGGUUGGUUCGUCUCAUUUGGUCUGACACAGAUUAUGGGAACUGGAACUUGAGGGAAAAACUAUAGAAAAUGUCUGUCACUGUUUAAAUGUUAUGAAGUAUUAAGUCUUCGAGACAAAAACAAAGUCUUUGUUCCCUUUGAAGCAGAACAAGACAAGAAAGAAACUAAAGGAGAAAAUGCCACGCAGCAUGCUGCAGAAAGUAAAAACAAACAGGUACUAUACUGCAGUCAUCUUGAUAAAGUUUAAAGUUUAUCGUUCUGUUUGUAGUCACCAUAAAAACAACUCAAUGUGCACCUUUCAUUCUAUGUAGAGAGAUGCAGAUUGUGGAGAACUUGCUUGCCACGAUGUCAUCUGUGGUGAAACGCAAUAAGAAGCGGCUGCAGCUGAGGAUCACGUGCUGUGAAGAGAGAGUGUGGAGGGCUCACCUUAACUAUAGCAUGGCUCAAGCCCAUUUAGCACUGCUAUACCAGAACCUGGACAAGCUGCAUGGAGAAGCGCUGCUACCAAGGUAUAUUCAAACUAAAUCUGCUAUUCAUCAAAUGUUUUUUUUUUUUUUUUCUUUUUUGUGUGUGUGUGUGUUAUUCUUACUGCUAUUAUGACACAUAAUCAUAAUGAAAUAGAAGGUAGCUUACUGGUAUAAUUGCAAAAAAAGAGAGAUGCUUUUGGUUCCUGAAGCCAGUUGUUGGUUUUGUACUCAUUACUGCUAAGAUAAAAUGGGGAAAUGCCAUGAUUCAAUAUGUUUAUAUGAUCGUGUGUAUUUCUAUAGUAAGAUGUGCUGUGUAUGUUUUGUUUCAGGUAUAGCCACUUCAACACCUCUUCUUUCUCUCUGGCCUACUCUGGUUUUAUGGUGCAGAGGAACUUGCAGCGACAGCAGUCUCCUAAACAUGAGGUUGUCAGAGAGAAAGACACCCCUCACACCGGUGUAAGUGACUAUGUGGCUGCUGAUAAAGACAACAGCAAAGAGAAGGGUGAGGAAAAUUGCAAACUAUUUGAGAAAGAAUAGAUGAAAAUCUAUUACCUGGUAUGUGAUAUGGACUUUUAUCACUUUUUCAAUCCUCAGCAAUCAGAGCUGAUGACUCUGUCACAGAGGACAGUUAUGAAGAGGAAAAGGACUCCUCUCAAACAGAGAAACAAGAGAUUGAUACCAAGAGACAUGCCAUCGACUUGCUGCACGACUCACUAAACAAAGCUGCUUUACACCUCCGAAAGUCGAUGGUACUGUAUUGAUACACUUAGCCACACAAUUUCUGCAAUUACAUGUGACUAUUUAAUACAAAUGACUAUAAAUCCAGCCUUCUGAUAACUCUGUAUUAAUAAAACCCAUUUGUCUUUUUCACUGAUGGUAAAGUCACACCCCAUGCUCCUGUACUUUUAUUUCUCUACUUGUCCUUUUUUUCUCAGAUCUUGGCCCAUCGUGGCAGCCACUGGACCUACCUGCAGUAUGUGUGUCAGACUGUGUGGGACCAAAGCUGCAGAAUCACUGACUUGGUACAGAGCACUGCAGAGGUCGAACCUCACUCUCCUGUCAUAGCUGAACAGCUAAAUACUAUCUUCGACCCAUUGCUGGUGCUGGCUAUGGAUCUCCUCUUAGACAUGAUGAAUAGACUUGAGGUAAGGUAACAUUAGUUUAAAAAACUCAAAUGACUUAUUCCUAUUCUUAAAAAGGGUUGAACUGGACCUUCAGAUAUUAAAGUUUUCAGUUUUAAGUAUGCCACCAGUGAUUUCUUAUCAGUGUCUGAAUAUUGUUAUCUGAGUAAAAACCAUCAAAAGGGAAACUGACACAAACUUCUUAUGAUUCUUUCUCUCAUAUUCUUCAUUGUCCUUGCCAGCUUUGGAGUUUUUAUUAUGGUGACCUAACUGGAGAUGAACUAGAGUCCAGUUUGCACUUCUCUGCACCACUGGAUGACAGCAGCUGGGUGGAUCUACGUUGGGUUCAUACUUUGGUGUUGCAUACUCUGGAGCGUCUACAUGAAAAUGGCAAAUGGGAAAGCCUAGCUCACUUUGCCUUACUUUAUAACUCCUACACACGGUACAUAGGACAAUGCUUUUUUUUAAAAAAUCUUAAGCGCAGACAACUGUUUAUUGCAAUUGUAAAGCCAAGGUGCAGUUAUGACUUAUUUGAAAAAACUUUAACAAUUAAAUACAAAGAAACAUAAUACACAGAUUACAGAAACUUUAAGACACAACAUUUGGCUUUUAUCCUUUAAAAUAAUGUUUUUAUGAUUUUGUAAAACUGUUUUUUGCUCUGAAAGAGUCAAGGGAGACACUUUGUUGUUGUACAUAUCCACAGUUUUGUCUGUUUGUGUCUGUGACAUAAUUUGUAUGCUUACCGUAGGGAACAUUAUGCCUUGACUAUAACUCCUCUGCUAGUCCAUGCUCAAAGGAAGUUGCUGGAAAGGAUUGGUUUAUUUGGAGGACCUGCAGUUCCACAGCCACACCAUGUCAAGACAAAGAAGGCCACUGGCAAGGAGGUAGCACAUACAAUCAAGUACAAAAAAACAAGCAAAUAAAACUGUCUCGUGAAUACUAUGGGUGGUGUAAAAUAAUACUUCAGUUUCAAACAAUUUAGACAAUAUUAAUUAAUCGUUUGAUUUUGCCUCAGUGGACUUAUCCUAAUUGAUUCCUGAAAUAUCUUUAUUUCACAGCUUUUUAUUAUUUACAUUGUACUGUGUGUUUAGAUGUGGUGCUAUUGUUUUUUAUUCUUCAGGUGACUUAUAGGAGCUAUGCCACCUGCCAGUUGCUCUGUGGUUGGACCCCUUCUCCUUCACAACAACCAGCCCUUCGCAAAAAAGCAGCACUGACAAACUCCACUCCUCGAGGUUCAUUUGACCAUAAAGGUUUGAAAUGAUUACCUUUUUGAUGUCAUAGCCUAAUAUUUCAACCCCAAUUUUUGUUGGUGGACAUUAAUGAUAUUUGCUGGUUCCAUAAUAGAAAUGACAAAAAUGUUUUGAACUAUUUGAAUUGGUAAUGUUUUCAUGCUGGGAUGUUUUAUAUCUAAGGUUCUGAGAAGCAACACUCCAUGUCCCUUGUUUGCGUUCCUCUGGAUGUUGAAAACACGCUGAGGUGUUACCGUGAAGUUCUUGAGAGAAGACCACACUGUCUUCAGGUCUUCCAGCAUAGCCGCUCAUUGAGGCUGCAGCUUCUGGCGUACACACAAUUUUGUGAGUUCAGUGCUAACAGACACAAUGGUCUGUACAUUAAUUCACACAACUACUUUAAAAUGUCAUUGUAUGUAUUGCUUCUGUCUCUGUACAGACACACAACCAGGGCGCAGUCAGAGCAGAACCCUGGGCCACCCUGCAAGUCUGGUUGAUUUCAGUCCAGUAGUUUUGCCAACUCCAAACAUCCAACCGUGCAGCCUGAUAGAGGAAGAUUACAGUUCUCCAGAUGCUCUCUGCCAGAUGCCUCUCAGCCCUGACCACAUAUAUACUGUCAUUUCUGCAUACUCCAACUCCAUCAGUAAGAUCAAAUCAGUUUCCAGAAGCUGUUUGCUUUAUUACAGAUAUAAGUAUCAUAAAAUACUAGACAAUAACAGGGAAUAUCCGAAUGAGAUCAAUACAUGUCAGUCAGUCAGAGUCAUAUUACCCCCUUUUUUUUUCUCCAAUCCAUCAAAAUUUUCUUCAGAGUACCUUCAGGCCAACGGUUAUGAGUCCCUCAGAGUCCUGGCACUGCAUGAAUUGGGGAACCUACAUUUCUACAAUGGAAACAAAUGGUAGUUUCUGUUUCUGGGGUUUGUGUGUGUGUUUUAAGAAAGCCUACAGCUGUUAAAUUUGGAUGCAUUUAAUUGUAUCCGUGCAGCAAGAAAGGCAUUCAAGAUUUUCCAUCUUUUCUGUCCUUUAAUCAUUUGAUUCUUCUCGCUGCAACAUCUCCAGGGCAGCACACUCAUUUUGGAGUAAAGCUGUAGAUUGUGCCUUACAGACCCCAGGCACAGUAGAAAAAUGGAAUGGGGUGUCCUUUGGAGGUGGCUCUCUGCAACAAACCCUGAAACAGGCUGGCAUUUGGGGAUGCCUCCAGGCUGCUGUUCUUGUUGCAAAGAUUGCACAGUAGGUUCUAGGUUCAUGGCUGAUUUAAUGUGUUUUUAUUCCGUGCUACAGACUUGUGCAUUUCAAACUUGGUGGUUUCUGAGAUAUAUUUUCAUCUACAGGUAUGUCUUAACUUUUGAUAUCAGCAAGAGGACUGAUUGCUGUCUCCUGUCAGCUUACCUCUUUAAGGUAAAAAUUCCAAGGGAUUUUAAUGUCAAUAAUCACACAUAUGGAUUUGACCUUUGGGACUGAAUGCACUGUUCAGAUUAUUUUGUGUGCAUUCAUGUUGAUGAGAUGUUAAUGGUUUUGUAUGUGUGUGUGUUUGUCUAUCUGUGACCCACUUCCCUAGUGUGUACUUUCUUGCACCUUGGCCCAGCCUCAGGCCGACCUCCAGUAUGCAGAUUACAGCAUUGAAGAUGAGCUGCUUCCUGGAGUCGAUCUUUUUUCAGACACCCACAGGCUUCACCUCGGCACCACUGUUGCAAGCCUCAGCUUUAUUUGCAGCUGGCUUUUCACCACCAGUUACCACAUCACGGUACACUUUAUUCUCAAUCAUAAUUCUCAAAAUUUACGGGUGACAUAAAGUUUAAGCAUCCAUUUCAUUUCAGCUACUGCCAGUACUAGCUCUAUACCUACAUUUCGUUCGGACUGUGUGUAGAGAUGUGCAGCGCACUGUUGAGGCAAAAAUACUCAAGGUCAGCACUCGUGUGAUUUUCUACAUGCACAUGUACAUUUUUCUACUCUCACGGUUCUGGUGGAGCUUUAACUCUGGCUUUCUGCAGGUACGUGCUCUUUCUGAACUCUGCCUGUUCACUGAAGCUGUGAAGGAAUCAGUUCAACUUACACAAGGAACUGGGGUGCCUCUGCUAUAUGGACACCAUAUCGACAAAGACAACCCCGGGGUACAGUCACACACACACACACACACACACACACACACACACACACACACACACACACACACACACACACACACACACACACACACACACACACACACACAAUGUUCCCUUUUGGUCCUUCCCCUCCUACCUGUAUAAACUCUUGUAGCCUGUUUAAUGUAUUAGGGUUUCAUCUUGUUGUAAUUUAAGGUACAGAGACCCUACUGUAUUCUGACUAUAUUUUUAGUUUCAGUUUCCCCAGCUUUGUAUUUUAAGUGUUGUAAUAUUGUUUAAUAAUACAUGCCUUAAUUUGAGUUGUUUAACAAUAAUUCUGAUGUGUACUUUGUUCUUGUUUUGCAGUCUAUGAAGACGUUCUACACAAACAAGUCUCUUUUGGACAAUACUGAGGUACUUAAUUUAUGUUCCCUAUAUAUUUUUUAAGACCUGUGGGUGUUUCUUCAGUGUAAUUUUUUUCUAAGUUUCAUCAUGCUUAUUCUUUUUUUGUUUGUUUUGGGUGGAAGAAUAGUAACAUAACUGUUAUUAGAUGGGAUACCGAUUCUUCCCAAAUAGGAAAAUAAAAUAUUGAUUGGUUCCCCAUAUAAGCCACAUCAUGACAAAUACUGCAUUGUUAAUUUUUGUUUUGUUUUUUAAGUACAUCUCAAGAGUAACCUGAUAUUCAAGGUCUAGGCUUUUGAAUUCCAGUGUUUGUUUACAUUACUCGUUAGUAAAGGGAGUGUAUCUCUUUUAAUAUAGGCUAGCUGUUACUCACAAGAAUGGUUAUAAGGCAAUUUAAGAUAAAGAUUUACAGUGAUAUGGUGCAAAAGUAGGUUAGUUUAUUCCUAAAAUGAGGCAGAGGUAAAAUUAUUUAAAAAGUGUUCAAACUAAUAAGUUUUUAUUCUACAAGUGUUUUUUUAUAAUUUCAUUGAUCUGAGUAAAGUCAUUAUCCUAAAAAAAGAAAUCUGUCAUAAAAUGUAAACUGUAUUUUUGGCGUUAAUAUACAGGCUUUGGAAGAACUGGUGAACUCUGAGUUUACCCAAGAUGCCUGCAAUUUGUAUGGAUCCACAUUGUGCCUUCGUAUUAACCUUGCACGAAUUCAACUUGUCCUGGCCCUUAGUAACACUGUAAAUGGUGCCCCUGUGCCAGGUCUGUAAGCAUCUGUUGUUAAAUACCUAUUUUGAUUUUAUUGUUUGUUUAUGUUGCACAUAGUCAUGUCAUUUACCUAGGAACACAUCCCUUUUCCACAUUUCCUUGCAUGUCCUGCAGCCAAGGAGUCUAUGUUCCCUCUUCUGAUUACUGUUUCUUUGAUGAAUAAAACUAACUUUUCUUUAAGUUUGGCAGUUAAUGAGGUGGAAUAUGAUAUAAAGGAAAGUAAUUUUUUCUUGAGGUAGACUGAAAUGUUUAGUCAGAUGAUAUUAUUUCCUAUGCAUCCUAAGUAACAAAGUGACCUUUAAAAGGAUUUUUUUUAUUUUAAGAGUACAAAUACAAAAGCUCUAAUGCACAAUGUGUGAACUACUUUUUUUUAUUUCUUUUUAUAUUCAGAGUCUGCCAGAGGAGAGGCUGAUGCAAACUUUAGAAACUGUUCAGAGAAAUCAGCAUGCCUUGAACAAGAUGAUCAGGACAUUGAGGGUUCAAUUUUAAAGACAAAAGAGUUGAACGUGCUAAAUCUUGAUACACCAAAGGAAAAACUUACUGUUGAAAAGAUCAAGGUCAGGCAUUUUUUUUUUAAUGUAUCCUCACAUCACUGUAUCACUGUAUGAUUUCUGGCACUUCACUGCAACUUUUGCUGUCCUGUUUGUGUUACAUUGUCCAAAUCUAUCAUUUCUUCUGUCAUAGUUUCUUUUGCUUGAGGCAGCAUCCUCAUUGCUGCACUCCGCUGCAGAUCAGCUCUCAUCUCUGUCCUGUAGUAAAAUGGAAAACCUGGAAUUGGAAAUUGAGAUAAAUCUUCUAAAGGCCAACCUCUACCUGCAGCAAGGACAUUCUGCCCUUAGGUACAGACAUCUUUUUGCAGGUGAACUUUGAGUAUGUAGUCAUGGUUAAUGUUUGGACUGUCUGAAGCACUGUACUGUAACCUCUCCUUCCAGCUCUAAUAUGGCCAUUUCUUCCUUGAUGCUGCUGCAAAAUUGUCCUGUAUUCAUAAAUGGAUCAGAACCUGAUUCUCAACAACCCACAUCUGAGCACCCAGAUGCCAAGACAAGAAGCAAACAGGUAAUCACAAGAUUCCAAAAGCAGAAUAUGAAAAAACUCAAGGAUAUGAAAUUUCUACCUUUGCGCUAUUAGUUUAAAAAAAGUAGCAACAUUAAAGCCAUACUGGUUGCUUAUCAACAUUUUGUAUUUUCUUAGAUGCCUGUGAUCAAAUAAAAAAAAAUGAACAUCCUUUAAAUUGUGUGUAAAUAUACUUGUUUUUUAUGUGCUUGUUUCUCCAUUUUGUUUUAAGUGUGCCAAAAACUACAGUCUGCAUGGCGAUUGUCCCUGUGCUGUUGAGGCUAAUGAGAGAGCUGGAGUAUCCCUCUGGCUUCACUGCCGCCUGGCUCUGAUUCGCAGCUUAGCUGCACACAACCCUGACUCAAGUUCCUUUUUCCCAGGUAUGGGUUUGGGUUUUUCUACACUUUGUUACUCUGGAGGUUUAUGUGAAUAAUAGUGUAUGCAGGUGUUUAAGCAGAUAAGAAUCCCUUCAGAUGGCAAAACACAAGAGCAAAGCCAAUGGUUCUGAUAAAGAUGCAUUUCUCAGUGCUGUUGUGGUUGCCUGCAUUGCAGGACAGGAUCUUUAAUCUUUAAUCUGUAAUCGUUAUUUACCAUGACAAGUUGUCCUUUACUUUUUUAAGAGUGUCUUGUGGAACCAGUAAACCACAGUAACUUAACCUCCAAAAAUGCCUGUUGGAUAAAAAGGAACCAGUUCUCUAUAAGCUGCAUAUUGAUGCAUGUAUUGGAUGAUGUUUACUACAUACUGAACAUGUUUGUUCAAGUAUGUGUAUAUUUUUAUUAUUGUGUGUUUAUGUAUUUUGUGUGUAUUUGAAUUUUUAUAUGUGUAUUUGUGUGUAAAUGUGUUCAAAUUUGUCUUUAGGAAAAAACCUAAAUGAAGAGACAGUUCGGAUGUUGCAGGAAGGUCUUGAUGAAUGUGUGAAGUGGGGAGACCUUGAUAUCCAGGCACUUUUAAUGGUUGAGGGAGCAGAACUAUAUUUUCGGAGAGGCAGAACUGAAAGAGGGAUGGCAUCACUGCAGGUAUCAACACAAAGAAAUAUUUUUUUAUUACUAAUGAACUCUAAAAAGUAAAUACAUUUAUAUUUGCGGCAAUCAUAACUUGGAUUUUUUUGCUAGUGUAAGAGCAUCUUUUCCAGUUGUCUCUGGUAACAGUCUAUGAAAGGACACAAACAUUUCAAAAACUUUUUGUACAUGCAGCACUGCCCACAAUGCAUGUGGAGAGGUGGUGUAACUCUCUGUUGGCUCCUAACACUUGUCCAGGGGAAAUGCUGGGACGGAGGGACAUGUGAUCCAGCGGUUAAAAUUGGCGACGAGCUAGCCAGGAGUCGAACCUAGAAUCUUCUGAUCCGUAGUCAGACGCGUUAUCCAUUGCGCCACUUGCCCCCACGCACGUCUCUUCCCUGCCCCUGGCACUGCUGCAUGCAAAAGCAUGGGGCCUGCAAUGCAUGGACGGUGUGGAAAAGGCCUGUGAAGUGAGUGGGCAAGUGGCCAAUCAGGGCUGACAAGUAGGAACGGUGGCUUGAGCUGUCCACUUUCAAUGUAUAAAGAACAAAGGAGAGGCCUAUGUGCCCAAGGGACAUGAUAUAAAAGCAAAGUCAGCUCCACACUCUUGCCGUGACCCGGAUUCGAACCGGGGUUGCUGCGGCCACAACGCAGAGUACUCACCACUAUACGAUCACGGCCUCCUGGAAGCUACUUAAGCCCUCUGCUUGUCAGAGAAUAGUUUGAGCCCUGAGCACAAAAACCUCCCGCUUUUAGUGUCGGAGAGGGUUUACUGCGUGAGCGCGGCAUACGUCAGUCGAGUCACCUCAGGGUUUUCCAAGAGGGCUGCGUUUUUUGGCACUUCCCGCACAAAAUGGACCCUAAACAUUAUGAACCAAAGCAGGUUUCACCACCGCUGUAUCUCACUGAGUGCGAAGGGCUGUGGGCACUCUUAGGACAUGUAGAGAGGUGGUGUAACUCUCUGUUGGCUCCUAACACUUGUCCAUGGGAAAUGCUGUGACGGAGGGACAUGUGAUCCAGCUGUUAAAAUUGGCGACGAGCUAGCCAGGAGUCGAACCUAGAAUCUUCUGAUCCGUAGUCAGACGCGUUAUCCAUUGCGCCACUAGCCCCCACGCACAUCUCUUCCCUGCCCCUGGCACUGCUGCAUGCAAAAGCAUGGGGCCUGCAAUGCACGGACGGUGUGGAAAAGGCCUGUGAAGUGACUGGGCAAGUGGCCAAUCAGGGCUGACAAGUAGGAACGGUGGCUUGAGCUGUCCACUUUCAAUGUAUAAAGAACAAAGGAGAGGCCUAUGUGCCCAAGGGACAUGAUAUAAAAGCAAAGUCAGCUCCACACUCUUGCCGUGACCCGGAUUCGAACCGGGGUUUGCUGCGGCCGACAACGCAGAGUACUCACCACUAUACGAUCACGGCCUCCUGGAAGCUACUUAAGCCCUCUGCUUGUCAGAGAAUAGUUUGAGCCCUGAGCACAAAAACCUCCCGCUUUUAGUGUCGGAGAGGGUUUACUGCGUGAGCGCGGCAUACGUCAGUCGAGUCACCUCAGGGUUUUCCAAGAGGGCUGCGUUUUUUGGCACUUCCCGCACAAAAUGGACCCUAAACAUUAUGAACCAAAGCAGGUUUCACCACCGCUGUAUCUCACUGAGUGCGAAGGGCUGUGGGCACUCUUAGGACAUGUAGAGAGGUGGUGUAACUCUCUGUUGGCUCCUAACACUUGUCCAGGGGAAAUGCUGGGACGGAGGGACAUGUGAUCCAGCGGUUAAAAUUGGCGACGAGCUAGCCAGGAGUCGAACCUAGAAUCUUCUGAUCCGUAGUCAGACGCGUUAUCCAUUGCGCCACUAGCCCCCACGCACAUCUCUUCCCUGCCCCUGGCACUGCUGCAUGCAAAAGCAUGGGGCCUGCAAUGCAUGGACGGUGUGGAAAAGGCCUGUGAAGUGACUGGGCAAGUGGCCAAUCAGGGCUGACAAGUAGGAACGGUGGCUUGAGCUGUCCACUUUCAAUGUAUAAAGAACAAAGGAGAGGCCUAUGUGCCCAAGGGACAUGAUAUAAAAGCAAAGUCAGCUCCACACUCUUGCCGUGACCCGGAUUCGAACCGGGUUUGCUGCGGCCACAACGCAGAGUACUCACCACUAUACGAUCACGGCCUCCUGGAAGCUACUUAAGCCCUCUGCUUGUCAGAGAAUAGUUUGAGCCCUGAGCACAAAAACCUCCCGCUUUUAGUGUCGGAGAGGGUUUACUGCGUGAGCGCGGCAUACGUCAGUCGAGUCACCUCAGGGUUUUCCAAGAGGGCUGCGUUUUUUGGCACUUCCCGCACAAAAUGGACCCUAAACAUUAUGAACCAAAGCAGGUUUCACCACCGCUGUAUCUCACUGAGUGCGAAGGGCUGUGGGCACUCUUAGGACAUGUAGAGAGGUGGUGUAACUCUCUGUUGGCUCCUAACACUUGUCCAGGGGAAAUGCUGGGACGGAGGGACAUGUGAUCCAGCGGUUAAAAUUGGCGACGAGCUAGCCAGGAGUCGAACCUAGAAUCUUCUGAUCCGUAGUCAGACGCGUUAUCCAUUGCGCCACUAGCCCCCACGCACAUCUCUUCCCUGCCCCUGGCACUGCUGCAUGCAAAAGCAUGGGGCCUGCAAUGCAUGGACGGUGUGGAAAAGGCCUGUGAAGUGACUGGGCAAGUGGCCAAUCAGGGCUGACAAGUAGGAACGGUGGCUUGAGCUGUCCACUUUCAAUGUAUAAAGAACAAAGGAGAGGCCUAUGUGCCCAAGGGACAUGAUAUAAAAGCAAAGUCAGCUCCACACUCUUGCCGUGACCCGGAUUCGAACCGGGUUUGCUGCGGCGACAACGCAGAGUACUCACCACUAUACGAUCACGGCCUCCUGGAAGCUACUUAAGCCCUCUGCUUGUCAGAGAAUAGUUUGAGCCCUGAGCACAAAAACCUCCCGCUUUUAGUGUCGGAGAGGGUUUACUGCGUGAGCGCGGCAUACGUCAGUCGAGUCACCUCAGGGUUUUCCAAGAGGGCUGCGUUUUUUGGCACUUCCCGCACAAAAUGGACCCUAAACAUUAUGAACCAAAGCAGGUUUCACCACCGCUGUAUCUCACUGAGUGCGAAGGGCUGUGGGCACUCUUAGGACAUGUAGAGAGGUGGUGUAACUCUCUGUUGGCUCCUAACACUUGUCCAGGGGAAAUGCUGGGACGGAGGGACAUGUGAUCCAGCGGUUAAAAUUGGCGACGAGCUAGCCAGGAGUCGAACCUAGAAUCUUCUGAUCCGUAGUCAGACGCGUUAUCCAUUGCGCCACUAGCCCCCACGCACAUCUCUUCCCUGCCCCUGGCACUGCUGCAUGCAAAAGCAUGGGGCCUGCAAUGCAUGGACGGUGUGGAAAAGGCCUGUGAAGUGACUGGGCAAGUGGCCAAUCAGGGCUGACAAGUAGGAACGGUGGCUUGAGCUGUCCACUUUCAAUGUAUAAAGAACAAAGGAGAGGCCUAUGUGCCCAAGGGACAUGAUAUAAAAGCAAAGUCAGCUCCACACUCUUGGCGUGACCCGGAUUCGAACCGGGUUUGCUGCGGCCACAACGCAGAGUACUCACCACUAUACGAUCACGGCCUCCUGGAAGCUACUUAAGCCCUCUGCUUGUCAGAGAAUAGUUUGAGCCCUGAGCACAAAAACCUCCCGCUUUUAGUGUCGGAGAGGGUUUACUGCGUGAGCGCGGCAUACGUCAGUCGAGUCACCUCAGGGUUUUCCAAGAGGGCUGCGUUUUUUGGCACUUCCCGCACAAAAUGGACCCUAAACAUUAUGAACCAAAGCAGGUUUCACCACCGCUGUAUCUCACUGAGUGCGAAGGGCUGUGGGCACUCUUAGGACAUGUAGAGAGGUGGUGUAACUCUCUGUUGGCUCCUAACACUUGUCCAGGGGAAAUGCUGGGACGGAGGGACAUGUGAUCCAGCGGUUAAAAUUGGCGACGAGCUAGCCAGGAGUCGAACCUAGAAUCUUCUGAUCCGUAGUCAGACGCGUUAUCCAUUGCGCCACUAGCCCCCACGCACAUCUCUUCCCUGCCCCUGGCACUGCUGCAUGCAAAAGCAUGGGGCCUGCAAUGCAUGGACGGUGUGGAAAAGGCCUGUGAAGUGACUGGGCAAGUGGCCAAUCAGGGCUGACAAGUAGGAACGGUGGCUUGAGCUGUCCACUUUCAAUGUAUAAAGAACAAAGGAGAGGCCUAUGUGCCCAAGGGACAUGAUAUAAAAGCAAAGUCAGCUCCACACUCUUGCCGUGACCCGGAUUCGAACCGGGGUUGCUGCGGCCACAACGCAGAGUACUCACCACUAUACGAUCACGGCCUCCUGGAAGCUACUUAAGCCCUCUGCUUGUCAGAGAAUAGUUUGAGCCCUGAGCACAAAAACCUCCCGCUUUUAGUGUCGGAGAGGGUUUACUGCGUGAGCGCGGCAUACGUCAGUCGAGUCACCUCAGGGUUUUCCAAGAGGGCUGCGUUUUUUGGCACUUCCCGCACAAAAUGGACCCUAAACAUUAUGAACCAAAGCAGGUUUCAACACCGCUGUAUCUCACUGAGUGCGAAGGGCUGUGGGCACUCUUAGGACAUGUAGAGAGGUGGUGUAACUCUCUGUUGGCUCCUAACACUUGUCCAGGGGAAAUGCUGGGACGGAGGGACAUGUGAUCCAGCGGUUAAAAUUGGCGACGAGCUAGCCAGGAGUCGAACCUAGAAUCUUCUGAUCCGUAGUCAGACGCGUUAUCCAUUGCGCCACUAGCCCCCACGCACAUCUCUUCCCUGCCCCUGGCACUGCUGCAUGCAAAAGCAUGGGGCCUGCAAUGCAUGGACGGUGUGGAAAAGGCCUGUGAAGUGACUGGGCAAGUGGCCAAUCAGGGCUGACAAGUAGGAACGGUGGCUUGAGCUGUCCACUUUCAAUGUAUAAAGAACAAAGGAGAGGCCUAUGUGCCCAAGGGACAUGAUAUAAAAGCAAAGUCAGCUCCACACUCUUGCCGUGACCCGGAUUCGAACCGGGUUUGCUGCGGCGACAACGCAGAGUACUCACCACUAUACGAUCACGGCCUCCUGGAAGCUACUUAAGCCCUCUGCUUGUCAGAGAAUAGUUUGAGCCCUGAGCACAAAAACCUCCCGCUUUUAGUGUCGGAGAGGGUUUACUGCGUGAGCGCGGCAUACGUCAGUCGAGUCACCUCAGGGUUUUCCAAGAGGGCUGCGUUUUUUGGCACUUCCCGCACAAAAUGGACCCUAAACAUUAUGAACCAAAGCAGGUUUCACCACCGCUGUAUCUCACUGAGUGCGAAGGGCUGUGGGCACUCUUAGGACAUGUAGAGAGGUGGUGUAACUCUCUGUUGGCUCCUAACACUUGUCCAGGGGAAAUGCUGGGACGGAGGGACAUGUGAUCCAGCGGUUAAAAUUGGCGACGAGCUAGCCAGGAGUCGAACCUAGAAUCUUCUGAUCCGUAGUCAGACGCGUUAUCCAUUGCGCCACUAGCCCCCACGCACAUCUCUUCCCUGCCCCUGGCACUGCUGCAUGCAAAAGCAUGGGGCCUGCAAUGCAUGGACGGUGUGGAAAAGGCCUGUGAAGUGACUGGGCAAGUGGCCAAUCAGGGCUGACAAGUAGGAACGGUGGCUUGAGCUGUCCACUUUCAAUGUAUAAAGAACAAAGGAGAGGCCUAUGUGCCCAAGGGACAUGAUAUAAAAGCAAAGUCAGCUCCACACUCUUGCCGUGACCCGGAUUCGAACCGGGUUUGCUGCGGCCACAACGCAGAGUACUCACCACUAUACGAUCACGGCCUCCUGGAAGCUACUUAAGCCCUCUGCUUGUCAGAGAAUAGUUUGAGCCCUGAGCACAAAAACCUCCCGCUUUUAGUGUCGGAGAGGGUUUACUGCGUGAGCGCGGCAUACGUCAGUCGAGUCACCUCAGGGUUUUCCAAGAGGGCUGCGUUUUUUGGCACUUCCCGCACAAAAUGGACCCUAAACAUUAUGAACCAAAGCAGGUUUCACCACCGCUGUAUCUCACUGAGUGCGAAGGGCUGUGGGCACUCUUAGGACAUGUAGAGAGGUGGUGUAACUCUCUGUUGGCUCCUAACACUUGUCCAGGGGAAAUGCUGGGACGGAGGGACAUGUGAUCCAGCGGUUAAAAUUGGCGACGAGCUAGCCAGGAGUCGAACCUAGAAUCUUCUGAUCCGUAGUCAGACGCGUUAUCCAUUGCGCCACUAGCCCCCACGCACAUCUCUUCCCUGCCCCUGGCACUGCUGCAUGCAAAAGCAUGGGGCCUGCAAUGCAUGGACGGUGUGGAAAAGGCCUGUGAAGUGACUGGGCAAGUGGCCAAUCAGGGCUGACAAGUAGGAACGGUGGCUUGAGCUGUCCACUUUCAAUGUAUAAAGAACAAAGGAGAGGCCUAUGUGCCCAAGGGACAUGAUAUAAAAGCAAAGUCAGCUCCACACUCUUGCCGUGACCCGGAUUCGAACCGGGUUUGCUGCGGCGACAACGCAGAGUACUCACCACUAUACGAUCACGGCCUCCUGGAAGCUACUUAAGCCCUCUGCUUGUCAGAGAAUAGUUUGAGCCCUGAGCACAAAAACCUCCCGCUUUUAGUGUCGGAGAGGGUUUACUGCGUGAGCGCGGCAUACGUCAGUCGAGUCACCUCAGGGUUUUCCAAGAGGGCUGCGUUUUUUGGCACUUCCCGCACAAAAUGGACCCUAAACAUUAUGAACCAAAGCAGGUUUCACCACCGCUGUAUCUCACUGAGUGCGAAGGGCUGUGGGCACUCUUAGGACAUGUAGAGAGGUGGUGUAACUCUCUGUUGGCUCCUAACACUUGUCCAGGGGAAAUGCUGGGACGGAGGGACAUGUGAUCCAGCGGUUAAAAUUGGCGACGAGCUAGCCAGGAGUCGAACCUAGAAUCUUCUGAUCCGUAGUCAGACGCGUUAUCCAUUGCGCCACUAGCCCCCACGCACAUCUCUUCCCUGCCCCUGGCACUGCUGCAUGCAAAAGCAUGGGGCCUGCAAUGCAUGGACGGUGUGGAAAAGGCCUGUGAAGUGACUGGGCAAGUGGCCAAUCAGGGCUGACAAGUAGGAACGGUGGCUUGAGCUGUCCACUUUCAAUGUAUAAAGAACAAAGGAGAGGCCUAUGUGCCCAAGGGACAUGAUAUAAAAGCAAAGUCAGCUCCACACUCUUGGCGUGACCCGGAUUCGAACCGGGUUUGCUGCGGCCACAACGCAGAGUACUCACCACUAUACGAUCACGGCCUCCUGGAAGCUACUUAAGCCCUCUGCUUGUCAGAGAAUAGUUUGAGCCCUGAGCACAAAAACCUCCCGCUUUUAGUGUCGGAGAGGGUUUACUGCGUGAGCGCGGCAUACGUCAGUCGAGUCACCUCAGGGUUUUCCAAGAGGGCUGCGUUUUUUGGCACUUCCCGCACAAAAUGGACCCUAAACAUUAUGAACCAAAGCAGGUUUCACCACCGCUGUAUCUCACUGAGUGCGAAGGGCUGUGGGCACUCUUAGGACAUGUAGAGAGGUGGUGUAACUCUCUGUUGGCUCCUAACACUUGUCCAGGGGAAAUGCUGGGACGGAGGGACAUGUGAUCCAGCGGUUAAAAUUGGCGACGAGCUAGCCAGGAGUCGAACCUAGAAUCUUCUGAUCCGUAGUCAGACGCGUUAUCCAUUGCGCCACUAGCCCCCACGCACAUCUCUUCCCUGCCCCUGGCACUGCUGCAUGCAAAAGCAUGGGGCCUGCAAUGCAUGGACGGUGUGGAAAAGGCCUGUGAAGUGACUGGGCAAGUGGCCAAUCAGGGCUGACAAGUAGGAACGGUGGCUUGAGCUGUCCACUUUCAAUGUAUAAAGAACAAAGGAGAGGCCUAUGUGCCCAAGGGACAUGAUAUAAAAGCAAAGUCAGCUCCACACUCUUGCCGUGACCCGGAUUCGAACCGGGGUUGCUGCGGCCACAACGCAGAGUACUCACCACUAUACGAUCACGGCCUCCUGGAAGCUACUUAAGCCCUCUGCUUGUCAGAGAAUAGUUUGAGCCCUGAGCACAAAAACCUCCCGCUUUUAGUGUCGGAGAGGGUUUACUGCGUGAGCGCGGCAUACGUCAGUCGAGUCACCUCAGGGUUUUCCAAGAGGGCUGCGUUUUUUGGCACUUCCCGCACAAAAUGGACCCUAAACAUUAUGAACCAAAGCAGGUUUCACCACCGCUGUAUCUCACUGAGUGCGAAGGGCUGUGGGCACUCUUAGGACAUGUAGAGAGGUGGUGUAACUCUCUGUUGGCUCCUAACACUUGUCCAGGGGAAAUGCUGGGACGGAGGGACAUGUGAUCCAGCGGUUAAAAUUGGCGACGAGCUAGCCAGGAGUCGAACCUAGAAUCUUCUGAUCCGUAGUCAGACGCGUUAUCCAUUGCGCCACUAGCCCCCACGCACAUCUCUUCCCUGCCCCUGGCACUGCUGCAUGCAAAAGCAUGGGGCCUGCAAUGCAUGGACGGUGUGGAAAAGGCCUGUGAAGUGACUGGGCAAGUGGCCAAUCAGGGCUGACAAGUAGGAACGGUGGCUUGAGCUGUCCACUUUCAAUGUAUAAAGAACAAAGGAGAGGCCUAUGUGCCCAAGGGACAUGAUAUAAAAGCAAAGUCAGCUCCACACUCUUGCCGUGACCCGGAUUCGAACCGGGGUUGCUGCGGCCACAACGCAGAGUACUCACCACUAUACGAUCACGGCCUCCUGGAAGCUACUUAAGCCCUCUGCUUGUCAGAGAAUAGUUUGAGCCCUGAGCACAAAAACCUCCCGCUUUUAGUGUCGGAGAGGGUUUACUGCGUGAGCGCGGCAUACGUCAGUCGAGUCACCUCAGGGUUUUCCAAGAGGGCUGCGUUUUUUGGCACUUCCCGCACAAAAUGGACCCUAAACAUUAUGAACCAAAGCAGGUUUCACCACCGCUGUAUCUCACUGAGUGCGAAGGGCUGUGGGCACUCUUAGGACAUGUAGAGAGGUGGUGUAACUCUCUGUUGGCUCCUAACACUUGUCCAGGGGAAAUGCUGGGACGGAGGGACAUGUGAUCCAGCGGUUAAAAUUGGCGACGAGCUAGCCAGGAGUCGAACCUAGAAUCUUCUGAUCCGUAGUCAGACGCGUUAUCCAUUGCGCCACUAGCCCCCACGCACAUCUCUUCCCUGCCCCUGGCACUGCUGCAUGCAAAAGCAUGGGGCCUGCAAUGCAUGGACGGUGUGGAAAAGGCCUGUGAAGUGACUGGGCAAGUGGCCAAUCAGGGCUGACAAGUAGGAACGGUGGCUUGAGCUGUCCACUUUCAAUGUAUAAAGAACAAAGGAGAGGCCUAUGUGCCCAAGGGACAUGAUAUAAAAGCAAAGUCAGCUCCACACUCUUGCCGUGACCCGGAUUCGAACCGGGGUUGCUGCGGCCACAACGCAGAGUACUCACCACUAUACGAUCACGGCCUCCUGGAAGCUACUUAAGCCCUCUGCUUGUCAGAGAAUAGUUUGAGCCCUGAGCACAAAAACCUCCCGCUUUUAGUGUCGGAGAGGGUUUACUGCGUGAGCGCGGCAUACGUCAGUCGAGUCACCUCAGGGUUUUCCAAGAGGGCUGCGUUUUUUGGCACUUCCCGCACAAAAUGGACCCUAAACAUUAUGAACCAAAGCAGGUUUCACCACCGCUGUAUCUCACUGAGUGCGAAGGGCUGUGGGCACUCUUAGGACAUGUAGAGAGGUGGUGUAACUCUCUGUUGGCUCCUAACACUUGUCCAGGGGAAAUGCUGGGACGGAGGGACAUGUGAUCCAGCGGUUAAAAUUGGCGACGAGCUAGCCAGGAGUCGAACCUAGAAUCUUCUGAUCCGUAGUCAGACGCGUUAUCCAUUGCGCCACUAGCCCCCACGCACAUCUCUUCCCUGCCCCUGGCACUGCUGCAUGCAAAAGCAUGGGGCCUGCAAUGCAUGGACGGUGUGGAAAAGGCCUGUGAAGUGACUGGGCAAGUGGCCAAUCAGGGCUGACAAGUAGGAACGGUGGCUUGAGCUGUCCACUUUCAAUGUAUAAAGAACAAAGGAGAGGCCUAUGUGCCCAAGGGACAUGAUAUAAAAGCAAAGUCAGCUCCACACUCUUGCCGUGACCCGGAUUCGAACCGGGGUUGCUGCGGCCACAACGCAGAGUACUCACCACUAUACGAUCACGGCCUCCUGGAAGCUACUUAAGCCCUCUGCUUGUCAGAGAAUAGUUUGAGCCCUGAGCACAAAAACCUCCCGCUUUUAGUGUCGGAGAGGGUUUACUGCGUGAGCGCGGCAUACGUCAGUCGAGUCACCUCAGGGUUUUCCAAGAGGGCUGCGUUUUUUGGCACUUCCCGCACAAAAUGGACCCUAAACAUUAUGAACCAAAGCAGGUUUCACCACCGCUGUAUCUCACUGAGUGCGAAGGGCUGUGGGCACUCUUAGGACAUGUAGAGAGGUGGUGUAACUCUCUGUUGGCUCCUAACACUUGUCCAGGGGAAAUGCUGGGACGGAGGGACAUGUGAUCCAGCGGUUAAAAUUGGCGACGAGCUAGCCAGGAGUCGAACCUAGAAUCUUCUGAUCCGUAGUCAGACGCGUUAUCCAUUGCGCCACUAGCCCCCACGCACAUCUCUUCCCUGCCCCUGGCACUGCUGCAUGCAAAAGCAUGGGGCCUGCAAUGCAUGGACGGUGUGGAAAAGGCCUGUGAAGUGACUGGGCAAGUGGCCAAUCAGGGCUGACAAGUAGGAACGGUGGCUUGAGCUGUCCACUUUCAAUGUAUAAAGAACAAAGGAGAGGCCUAUGUGCCCAAGGGACAUGAUAUAAAAGCAAAGUCAGCUCCACACUCUUGCCGUGACCCGGAUUCGAACCGGGGUUGCUGCGGCCACAACGCAGAGUACUCACCACUAUACGAUCACAGCCUCCUGGAAGCUACUUAAGCCCUCUGCUUGUCAGAGAAUAGUUUGAGCCCUGAGCACAAAAACCUCCCGCUUUUAGUGUCGGAGAGGGUUUACUGCGUGAGCGCGGCAUACGUCAGUCGAGUCACCUCAGGGUUUUCCAAGAGGGCUGCGUUUUUUGGCACUUCCCGCACAAAAUGGACCCUAAACAUUAUGAACCAAAGCAGGUUUCAACACCGCUGUAUCUCACUGAGUGCGAAGGGCUGUGGGCACUCUUAGGACAUGUAGAGAGGUGGUGUAACUCUCUGUUGGCUCCUAACACUUGUCCAGGGGAAAUGCUGGGACGGAGGGACAUGUGAUCCAGCGGUUAAAAUUGGCGACGAGCUAGCCAGGAGUCGAACCUAGAAUCUUCUGAUCCGUAGUCAGACACGUUAUCCAUUGCGCCACUAGCCCCCACGCAUAUCUCUUCCCUGCCCCUGGCACUGCUGCAUGCAAAAGCAUGGGGCCUGCAAUGCAUGGACGGUGUGGAAAAGGCCUGUGAAGUGACUGGGCAAGUGGCCAAUCAGGGCUGACAAGUAGGAACGGUGGCUUGAGCUGUCCACUUUCAAUGUAUAAAGAACAAAGGAGAGGCCUAUGUGCCCAAGGGACAUGAUAUAAAAGCAAAGUCAGCUCCACACUCUUGCCGUGACCCGGAUUCGAACCGGGGUUGCUGCGGCCACAACGCAGAGUACUCACCACUAUACGAUCACGGCCUCCUGGAAGCUACUUAAGCCCUCUGCUUGUCAGAGAAUAGUUUGAGCCCUGAGCACAAAAACCUCCCGCUUUUAGUGUCGGAGAGGGUUUACUGCGUGAGCGCGGCAUACGUCAGUCGAGUCACCUCAGGGUUUUCCAAGAGGGCUGCGUUUUUUGGCACUUCCCGCACAAAAUGGACCCUAAACAUUAUGAACCAAAGCAGGUUUCAACACCGCUGUAUCUCACUGAGUGCGAAGGGCUGUGGGCACUCUUAGGACAUGUAGAGAGGUGGUGUAACUCUCUGUUGGCUCCUAACACUUGUCCAGGGGAAAUGCUGGGACGGAGGGACAUGUGAUCCAGCGGUUAAAAUUGGCGACGAGCUAGCCAGGAGUCGAACCUAGAAUCUUCUGAUCCGUAGUCAGACGCGUUAUCCAUUGCGCCACUAGCCCCCACGCACAUCUCUUCCCUGCCCCUGGGACUGCUGCAUGCAAAAGCAUGGGGCCUGCAAUGCAUGGACGGUGUGGAAAAGGCCUGUGAAGUGACUGGGCAAGUGGCCAAUAAGGGCUGACAAGUAGGAACGGUGGCUUGAGCUGUCCACUUUCAAUGUAUAAAGAACAAAGGAGAGGCCUAUGUGCCCAAGGGACAUGAUAUAAAAGCAAAGUCAGCUCCACACUCUUGCCGUGACCCGGAUUCGAACCGGGGUUGCUGCGGCCACAACGCAGAGUACUCACCACUAUACGAUCACGGCCUCCUGGAAGCUACUUAAGCCCUCUGCUUGUCAGAGAAUAGUUUGAGCCCUGAGCACAAAAACCUCCCGCUUUUAGUGUCGGAGAGGGUUUACUGCGUGAGCGCGGCAUACGUCAGUCGAGUCACCUCAGGGUUUUCCAAGAGGGCUGCGUUUUUUGGCACUUCCCGCACAAAAUGGACCCUAAACAUUAUGAACCAAAGCAGGUUUCACCACCGCUGUAUCUCACUGAGUGCGAAGGGCUGUGGGCACUCUUAGGACAUGUAGAGAGGUGGUGUAACUCUCUGUUGGCUCCUAACACUUGUCCAGGGGAAAUGCUGGGACGGAGGGACAUGUGAUCCAGCGGUUAAAAUUGGCGACGAGCUAGCCAGGAGUCGAACCUAGAAUCUUCUGAUCCGUAGUCAGACGCGUUAUCCAUUGCGCCACUAGCCCCCACGCACAUCUCUUCCCUGCCCCUGGCACUGCUGCAUGCAAAAGCAUGGGGCCUGCAAUGCAUGGACGGUGUGGAAAAGGCCUGUGAAGUGACUGGGCAAGUGGCCAAUCAGGGCUGACAAGUAGGAACGGUGGCUUGAGCUGUCCACUUUCAAUGUAUAAAGAACAAAGGAGAGGCCUAUGUGCCCAAGGGACAUGAUAUAAAAGCAAAGUCAGCUCCACACUCUUGCCGUGACCCGGAUUCGAACCGGGGUUGCUGCGGCCACAACGCAGAGUACUCACCACUAUACGAUCACGGCCUCCUGGAAGCUACUUAAGCCCUCUGCUUGUCAGAGAAUAGUUUGAGCCCUGAGCACAAAAACCUCCCGCUUUUAGUGUCGGAGAGGGUUUACUGCGUGAGCGCGGCAUACGUCAGUCGAGUCACCUCAGGGUUUUCCAAGAGGGCUGCGUUUUUUGGCACUUCCCGCACAAAAUGGACCCUAAACAUUAUGAACCAAAGCAGGUUUCACCACCGCUGUAUCUCACUGAGUGCGAAGGGCUGUGGGCACUCUUAGGACAUGUAGAGAGGUGGUGUAACUCUCUGUUGGCUCCUAACACUUGUCCAGGGGAAAUGCUGGGACGGAAGGACAUGUGAUCCAGCGGUUAAAAUUGGCGACGAGCUAGCCAGGAGUCGAACCUAGAAUCUUCUGAUCCGUAGUCAGACGCGUUAUCCAUUGCGCCACUAGCCCCCACUCACAUCUCUUCCCUGCCCCUGGCACUGCUGCAUGCAAAAGCAUGGGGCCUGCAAUGCAUGGACGGUGUGGAAAAGGCCUGUGAAGUGACUGGGCAAGUGGCCAAUCAGGGCUGACAAGUAGGAACGGUGGCUUGAGCUGUCCACUUUCAAUGUAUAAAGAACAAAGGAGAGGCCUAUGUGCCCAAGGGACAUGAUAUAAAAGCAAAGUCAGCUCCACACUCUUGCCGUGACCCGGAUUCGAACCGGGGUUGCUGCGGCGACAACGCAGAGUACUCACCACUAUACGAUCACGGCCUCCUGGAAGCUACUUAAGCCCUCUGCUUGUCAGAGAAUAGUUUGAGCCCUGAGCACAAAAACCUCCCGCUUUUAGUGUCGGAGAGGGUUUACUGCGUGAGCGCGGCAUACGUCAGUCGAGUCACCUCAGGGUUUUCCAAGAGGGCUGCGUUUUUUGGCACUUCCCGCACAAAAUGGACCCUAAACAUUAUGAACCAAAGCAGGUUUCACCACCGCUGUAUCUCACUGAGUGCGAAGGGCUGUGGGCACUCUUAGGACAUGUAGAGAGGUGGUGUAACUCUCUGUUGGCUCCUAACACUUGUCCAGGGGAAAUGCUGGGACGGAGGGACAUGUGAUCCAGCGGUUAAAAUUGGCGACGAGCUAGCCAGGAGUCGAACCUAGAAUCUUCUGAUCCGUAGUCAGACGCGUUAUCCAUUGCGCCACUAGCCCCCACGCACAUCUCUUCCCUGCCCCUGGGACUGCUGCAUGCAAAAGCAUGGGGCCUGCAAUGCAUGGACGGUGUGGAAAAGGCCUGUGAAGUGACUGGGCAAGUGGCCAAUCAGGGCUGACAAGUAGGAACGGUGGCUUGAGCUGUCCACUUUCAAUGUAUAAAGAACAAAGGAGAGGCCUAUGUGCCCAAGGGACAUGAUAUAAAAGCAAAGUCAGCUCCACACUCUUGCCGUGACCCGGAUUCGAACCGGGUUUGCUGCGGCCACAACGCAGAGUACUCACCACUAUACGAUCACGGCCUCCUGGAAGCUACUUAAGCCCUCUGCUUGUCAGAGAAUAGUUUGAGCCCUGAGCACAAAAACCUCCCGCUUUUAGUGUCGGAGAGGGUUUACUGCGUGAGCGCGGCAUACGUCAGUCGAGUCACCUCAGGGUUUUCCAAGAGGGCUGCGUUUUUUGGCACUUCCCGCACAAAAUGGACCCUAAACAUUAUGAACCAAAGCAGGUUUCACCACCGCUGUAUCUCACUGAGUGCGAAGGGCUGUGGGCACUCUUAGGACAUGUAGAGAGGUGGUGUAACUCUCUGUUGGCUCCUAACACUUGUCCAGGGGAAAUGCUGGGACGGAGGGACAUGUGAUCCAGCGGUUAAAAUUGGCGACGAGCUAGCCAGGAGUCGAACCUAGAAUCUUCUGAUCCGUAGUCAGACGCGUUAUCCAUUGCGCCACUAGCCCCCACGCACAUCUCUUCCCUGCCCCUGGCACUGCUGCAUGCAAAAGCAUGGGGCCUGCAAUGCAUGGACGGUGUGGAAAAGGCCUGUGAAGUGACUGGGCAAGUGGCCAAUCAGGGCUGACAAGUAGGAACGGUGGCUUGAGCUGUCCACUUUCAAUGUAUAAAGAACAAAGGAGAGGCCUAUGUGCCCAAGGGACAUGAUAUAAAAGCAAAGUCAGCUCCACACUCUUGCCGUGACCCGGAUUCGAACCGGGGUUGCUGCGGCCACAACGCAGAGUACUCACCACUAUACGAUCACGGCCUCCUGGAAGCUACUUAAGCCCUCUGCUUGUCAGAGAAUAGUUUGAGCCCUGAGCACAAAAACCUCCCGCUUUUAGUGUCGGAGAGGGUUUACUGCGUGAGCGCGGCAUACGUCAGUCGAGUCACCUCAGGGUUUUCCAAGAGGGCUGCGUUUUUUGGCACUUCCCGCACAAAAUGGACCCUAAACAUUAUGAACCAAAGCAGGUUUCAACACCGCUGUAUCUCACUGAGUGCGAAGGGCUGUGGGCACUCUUAGGACAUGUAGAGAGGUGGUGUAACUCUCUGUUGGCUCCUAACACUUGUCCAGGGGAAAUGCUGGGACGGAGGGACAUGUGAUCCAGCGGUUAAAAUUGGCGACGAGCUAGCCAGGAGUCGAACCUAGAAUCUUCUGAUCCGUAGUCAGACGCGUUAUCCAUUGCGCCACUAGCCCCCACGCACAUCUCUUCCCUGCCCCUGGCACUGCUGCAUGCAAAAGCAUGGGGCCUGCAAUGCAUGGACGGUGUGGAAAAGGCCUGUGAAGUGACUGGGCAAGUGGCCAAUCAGGGCUGACAAGUAGGAACGGUGGCUUGAGCUGUCCACUUUCAAUGUAUAAAGAACAAAGGAGAGGCCUAUGUGCCCAAGGGACAUGAUAUAAAAGCAAAGUCAGCUCCACACUCUUGCCGUGACCCGGAUUCGAACCGGGGUUGCUGCGGCCACAACGCAGAGUACUCACCACUAUACGAUCACGGCCUCCUAGAAGCUACUUAAGCCCUCUGCUUGUCAGAGAAUAGUUUGAGCCCUGAGCACAAAAACCUCCCGCUUUUAGUGUCGGAGAGGGUUUACUGCGUGAGCGCGGCAUACGUCAGUCGGGUCACCUCAGGGUUUUCCAAGAGGGCUGCGUUUUUUGGCACUUCCCGCACAAAAUGGACCCUAAACAUUAUGAACCAAAGCAGGUUUCACCACCGCUGUAUCUCACUGAGUGCGAAGGGCUGUGGGCACUCUUAGGACAUGUAGAGAGGUGGUGUAACUCUCUGUUGGCUCCUAACACUUGUCCAGGGGAAAUGCUGGGACGGAGGGACAUGUGAUCCAGCGGUUAAAAUUGGCGACGAGCUAGCCAGGAGUCGAACCUAGAAUCUUCUGAUCCGUAGUCAGACGCGUUAUCCAUUGCGCCACUAGCCCCCACGCACAUCUCUUCCCUGCCCCUGGCACUGCUGCAUGCAUGCAAAAGCAUGGGGCCUGCAAUGCAUGGACGGUGUGGAAAAGGCCUGUGAAGUGACUGGGCAAGUGGCCAAUCAGGGCUGACAAGUAGGAACGGUGGCUUGAGCUGUCCACUUUCAAUGUAUAAAGAACAAAGGAGAGGCCUAUGUGCCCAAGGGACAUGAUAUAAAAGCAAAGUCAGCUCCACACUCUUGCCGUGACCCGGAUUCGAACCGGGGUUGCUGCGGCCACAACGCAGAGUACUCACCACUAUACGAUCACGGCCUCCUGGAAGCUACUUAAGCCCUCUGCUUGUCAGAGAAUAGUUUGAGCCCUGAGCACAAAAACCUCCCGCUUUUAGUGUCGGAGAGGGUUUACUGCGUGAGCGCGGCAUACGUCAGUCGAGUCACCUCAGGGUUUUCCAAGAGGGCUGCGUUUUUUGGCACUUCCCGCACAAAAUGGACCCUAAACAUUAUGAACCAAAGCAGGUUUCACCACCGCUGUAUCUCACUGAGUGCGAAGGGCUGUGGGCACUCUUAGGACAUGUAGAGAGGUGGUGUAACUCUCUGUUGGCUCCUAACACUUGUCCAGGGGAAAUGCUGGGACGGAGGGACAUGUGAUCCAGCGGUUAAAAUUGGCGACGAGCUAGCCAGGAGUCGAACCUAGAAUCUUCUGAUCCGUAGUCAGACGCGUUAUCCAUUGCGCCACUAGCCCCCACGCACAUCUCUUCCCUGCCCCUGGGACUGCUGCAUGCAAAAGCAUGGGGCCUGCAAUGCAUGGACGGUGUGGAAAAGGCCUGUGAAGUGACUGGGCAAGUGGCCAAUCAGGGCUGACAAGUAGGAACGGUGGCUUGAGCUGUCCACUUUCAAUGUAUAAAGAACAAAGGAGAGGCCUAUGUGCCCAAGGGACAGGAUAUAAAAGCAAAGUCAGCUCCACACUCUUGCCGUGACCCGGAUUCGAACCGGGGUUGCUGCGGCCACAACGCAGAGUACUCACCACUAUACGAUCACGGCCUCCUGGAAGCUACUUAAGCCCUCUGCUUGUCAGAGAAUAGUUUGAGCCCUGAGCACAAAAACCUCCCGCUUUUAGUGUCGGAGAGGGUUUACUGCGUGAGCGCGGCAUACGUCAGUCGAGUCACCUCAGGGUUUUCCAAGAGGGCUGCGUUUUUUGGCACUUCCCGCACAAAAUGGACCCUAAACAUUAUGAACCAAAGCAGGUUUCAAUACCGCUGUAUCUCACUGAGUGCGAAGGGCUGUGGGCACUCUUAGGACAUGUAGAGAGGUGGUGUAACUCUCUGUUGGCUCCUAACACUUGUCCAGGGGAAAUGCUGGGACGGAGGGACAUGUGAUCCAGCGGUUAAAAUUGGCGACGAGCUAGCCAGGAGUCGAACCUAGAAUCUUCUGAUCCGUAGUCAGACGCGUUAUCCAUUGCGCCACUAGCCCCCACGCACAUCUCUUCCCUGCCUCUGGGACUGCUGCAUGCAAAAGCAUGGGGCCUGCAAUGCAUGGACGGUGUGGAAAAGGCCUGUGAAGUGACUGGGCAAGUGGCCAAUCAGGGCUGACAAGUAGGAACGGUGGCUUGAGCUGUCCACUUUCAAUGUAUAAAGAACAAAGGAGAGGCCUAUGUGCCCAAGGGACAUGAUAUAAAAGCAAAGUCAGCUCCACACUCUUGCCGUGACCCGGAUUCGAACCGGGGUUGCUGCGGCCACAACGCAGAGUACUCACCACUAUACGAUCACGGCCUCCUGGAAGCUACUUAAGCCCUCUGCUUGUCAGAGAAUAGUUUGAGCCCUGAGCACAAAAACCUCCCGCUUUUAGUGUCGGAGAGGGUUUACUGCGUGAGCGCGGCAUACGUCAGUCGAGUCACCUCAGGGUUUUCCAAGAGGGCUGCGUUUUUUGGCACUUCCCGCACAAAAUGGACCCUAAACAUUAUGAACCAAAGCAAGUUUCACCACCGCUGUAUCUCACUGAGUGCGAAGGGCUGUGGGCACUCUUAGGACAUGUAGAGAGGUGGUGUAACUCUCUGUUGGCUCCUAACACUUGUCCAGGGGAAAUGCUGGGACGGAGGGACAUGUGAUCCAGCGGUUAAAAUUGGCGACGAGCUAGCCAGGAGUCGAACCUAGAAUCUUCUGAUCCGUAGUCAGACGCGUUAUCCAUUGCGCCACUAGCCCCCACGCACAUCUCUUCCCUGCCUCUGGGACUGCUGCAUGCAAAAGCAUGGGGCCUGCAAUGCAUGGACGGUGUGGAAAAGGCCUGUGAAGUGACUGGGCAAGUGGCCAAUCAGGGCUGACAAGUAGGAACGGUGGCUUGAGCUGUCCACUUUCAAUGUAUAAAGAACAAAGGAGAGGCCUAUGUGCCCAAGGGACAGGAUAUAAAAGCAAAGUCAGCUCCACACUCUUGCCGUGACCCGGAUUCGAACCGGGGUUGCUGCGGCCACAACGCAGAGUACUCACCACUAUACGAUCACGGCCUCCUGGAAGCUACUUAAGCCCUCUGCUUGUCAGAGAAUAGUUUGAGCCCUGAGCACAAAAACCUCCCGCUUUUAGUGUCGGAGAGGGUUUACUGCGUGAGCGCGGCAUACGUCAGUCGAGUCACCUCAGGGUUUUCCAAGAGGGCUGCGUUUUUUGGCACUUCCCGCACAAAAUGGACCCUAAACAUUAUGAACCAAAGCAGGUUUCAACACCGCUGUAUCUCACUGAGUGCGAAGGGCUGUGGGCACUCUUAGGACAUGUAGAGAGGUGGUGUAACUCUCUGUUGGCUCCUAACACUUGUCCAGGGGAAAUGCUGGGACGGAGGGACAUGUGAUCCAGCGGUUAAAAUUGGCGACGAGCUAGCCAGGAGUCGAACCUAGAAUCUUCUGAUCCGUAGUCAGACGCGUUAUCCAUUGCGCCACUAGCCCCCACGCACAUCUCUUCCCUGCCCCUGGCACUGCUGCAUGCAAAAGCAUGGGGCCUGCAAUGCAUGGACGGUGUGGAAAAGGCCUGUGAAGUGACUGGGCAAGUGGCCAAUCAGGGCUGACAAGUAGGAACGGUGGCUUGAGCUGUCCACUUUCAAUGUAUAAAGAACAAAGGAGAGGCCUAUGUGCCCAAGGGACAUGAUAUAAAAGCAAAGUCAGCUCCACACUCUUGCCGUGACCCGGAUUCGAACCGGGGUUGCUGCGGCCACAACGCAGAGUAGUCACCACUAUACGAUCACGGCCUCCUGGAAGCUACUUAAGCCCUCUGCUUGUCAGAGAAUAGUUUGAGCCCUGAGCACAAAAACCUCCCGCUUUUAGUGUCGGAGAGGGUUUACUGCGUGAGCGCGGCAUACGUCAGUCGAGUCACCUCAGGGUUUUCCAAGAGGGCUGCGUUUUUUGGCACUUCCCGCACAAAAUGGACCCUAAACAUUAUGAACCAAAGCAGGUUUCAACACCGCUGUAUCUCACUGAGUGCGAAGGGCUGUGGGCACUCUUAGGACAUGUAGAGAGGUGGUGUAACUCUCUGUUGGCUCCUAACACUUGUCCAGGGGAAAUGCUGGGACGGAGGGACAUGUGAUCCAGCGGUUAAAAUUGGCGACGAGCUAGCCAGGAGUCGAACCUAGAAUCUUCUGAUCCGUAGUCAGACGCGUUAUCCAUUGCGCCACUAGCCCCCACGCACAUCUCUUCCCUGCCCCUGGCACUGCUGCAUGCAAAAGCAUGGGGCCUGCAAUGCAUGGACGGUGUGGAAAAGGCCUGUGAAGUGACUGGGCAAGUGGCCAAUAAGGGCUGACAAGUAGGAACGGUGGCUUGAGCUGUCCACUUUCAAUGUAUAAAGAACAAAGGAGAGGCCUAUGUGCCCAAGGGACAUGAUAUAAAAGCAAAGUCAGCUCCACACUCUUGCCGUGACCCGGAUUCGAACCGGGGUUGCUGCGGCCACAACGCAGAGUACUCACCACUAUACGAUCACGGCCUCCUGGAAGCUACUUAAGCCCUCUGCUUGUCAGAGAAUAGUUUGAGCCCUGAGCACAAAAACCUCCCGCUUUUAGUGUCGGAGAGGGUUUACUGCGUGAGCGCGGCAUACGUCAGUCGAGUCACCUCAGGGUUUUCCAAGAGGGCUGCGUUUUUUGGCACUUCCCGCACAAAAUGGACCCUAAACAUUAUGAACCAAAGCAGGUUUCACCACCGCUGUAUCUCACUGAGUGCGAAGGGCUGUGGGCACUCUUAGGACAUGUAGAGAGGUGGUGUAACUCUCUGUUGGCUCCUAACACUUGUCCAGGGGAAAUGCUGGGACGGAGGGACAUGUGAUCCAGCGGUUAAAAUUGGCGACGAGCUAGCCAGGAGUCGAACCUAGAAUCUUCUGAUCCGUAGUCAGACGCGUUAUCCAUUGCGCCACUAGCCCCCACGCACAUCUCUUCCCUGCCCCUGGCACUGCUGCAUGCAAAAGCAUGGGGCCUGCAAUGCAUGGACGGUGUGGAAAAGGCCUGUGAAGUGACUGGGCAAGUGGCCAAUCAGGGCUGACAAGUAGGAACGGUGGCUUGAGCUGUCCACUUUCAAUGUAUAAAGAACAAAGGAGAGGCCUAUGUGCCCAAGGGACAUGAUAUAAAAGCAAAGUCAGCUCCACACUCUUGCCGUGACCCGGAUUCGAACCGGGGUUGCUGCUGCCACAACGCAGAGUACUCACCACUAUACGAUCACGGCCUCCUGGAAGCUACUUAAGCCCUCUGCUUGUCAGAGAAUAGUUUGAGCCCUGAGCACAAAAACCUCCCGCUUUUAGUGUCGGAGAGGGUUUACUGCGUGAGCGCGGCAUACGUCAGUCGAGUCACCUCAGGGUUUUCCAAGAGGGCUGCGUUUUUUGGCACUUCCCGCACAAAAUGGACCCUAAACAUUAUGAACCAAAGCAGGUUUCACCACCGCUGUAUCUCACUGAGUGCGAAGGGCUGUGGGCACUCUUAGGACAUGUAGAGAGGUGGUGUAACUCUCUGUUGGCUCCUAACACUUGUCCAGGGGAAAUGCUGGGACGGAGGGACAUGUGAUCCAGCGGUUAAAAUUGGCGACGAGCUAGCCAGGAGUCGAACCUAGAAUCUUCUGAUCCGUAGUCAGACGCGUUAUCCAUUGCGCCACUAGCCCCCACGCACAUCUCUUCCCUGCCCCUGGCACUGCUGCAUGCAAAAGCAUGGGGCCUGCAAUGCAUGGACGGUGUGGAAAAGGCCUGUGAAGUGACUGGGCAAGUGGCCAAUCAGGGCUGACAAGUAGGAACGGUGGCUUGAGCUGUCCACUUUCAAUGUAUAAAGAACAAAGGAGAGGCCUAUGUGCCCAAGGGACAUGAUAUAAAAGCAAAGUCAGCUCCACACUCUUGCCGUGACCCGGAUUCGAACCGGGUUUGCUGCGGCCACAACGCAGAGUACUCACCACUAUACGAUCACGGCCUCCUGGAAGCUACUUAAGCCCUCUGCUUGUCAGAGAAUAGUUUGAGCCCUGAGCACAAAAACCUCCCGCUUUUAGUGUCGGAGAGGGUUUACUGCGCGAGCGCGGCAUACGUCAGUCGAGUCACCUCAGGGUUUUCCAAGAGGGCUGCGUUUUUUGGCACUUCCCGCACAAAAUGGACCCUAAAAAUUAUGAACCAAAGCAGGUUUCACCACCGCUGUAUCUCACUGAGUGCGAAGGGCUGUGGGCACUCUUAGGACAUGUAGAGAGGUGGUGUAACUCUCUGUUGGCUCCUAACACUUGUCCAGGGGAAAUGCUGGGACGGAGGGACAUGUGAUCCAGCGGUUAAAAUUGGCGACGAGCUAGCCAGGAGUCGAACCUAGAAUCUUCUGAUCCGUAGUCAGACGCGUUAUCCAUUGCGCCACUAGCCCCCACGCACAUCUCUUCCCUGCCCCUGGCACUGCUGCAUGCAAAAGCAUGGGGCCUGCAAUGCAUGGACGGUGUGGAAAAGGCCUGUGAAGUGACUGGGCAAGUGGCCAAUCAGGGCUGACAAGUAGGAACGGUGGCUUGAGCUGUCCACUUUCAAUGUAUAAAGAACAAAGGAGAGGCCUAUGUGCCCAAGGGACAUGAUAUAAAAGCAAAGUCAACUCCACACUCUUGCCGUGACCCGGAUUCGAACCGGGGUUGCUGCGGCCACAACGCAGAGUACUCACCACUAUACGAUCACGGCCUCCUGGAAGCUACUUAAGCCCUCUGCUUGUCGGAGAAUAGUUUGAGCCCUGAGCACAAAAACCUCCCGCUUUUAGUGUCGGAGAGGGUUUACUGCGUGAGCGCGGCAUACGUCAGUCGAGUCACCUCAGGGUUUUCCAAGAGGGCUGCGUUUUUUGGCACUUCCCGCACAAAAUGGACCCUAAACAUUAUGAACCAAAGCAGGUUUCACCACCGCUGUAUCUCACUGAGUGCGAAGGGCUGUGGGCACUCUUAGGACAUGUAGAGAGGUGGUGUAACUCUCUGUUGGCUCCUAACACUUGUCCAGGGGAAAUGCUGGGACGGAGGGACAUGUGAUCCAGCGGUUAAAAUUGGCGACGAGCUAGCCAGGAGUCGAACCUAGAAUAUUCUGAUCCGUAGUCAGACGCGUUAUCCAUUGCGCCACUAGCCCCCACGCACAUCUCUUCCCUGCCCCUGGCACUGCUGCAUGCAAAAGCAUGGGGCCUGCAAUGCAUGGACGGUGUGGAAAAGGCCUGUGAAGUGACUGGGCAAGUGGCCAAUCAGGGCUGACAAGUAGGAACGGUGGCUUGAGCUGUCCACUUUCAAUGUAUAAAGAACAAAGGAGAGGCCUAUGUGCCCAAGGGACAUGAUAUAAAAGCAAAGUCAGCUCCACACUCUUGCCGUGACCCGGAUUCGAACCGGGGUUGCUGCGGGCACAACGCAGAGUACUCACCACUAUACGAUCACAGCCUCCUGGAAGCUGCUUAAGCCCUCUGCUUGUCAGAGAAUAGUUUGAGCCCUGAGCACAAAAACCUCCCGCUUUUAGUGUCGGAGAGGGUUUACUGCGUGAGCGCGGCAUACGUCAGUCGAGUCACCUCAGGGUUUUCCAAGAGGGCUGCGUUUUUUGGCACUUCCCGCACAAAAUGGACCCUAAACAUUAUGAACCAAAGCAGGUUUCACCACCGCUGUAUCUCACUGAGUGCGAAGGGCUGUGGGCACUCUUAGGACAUGUAGAGAGGUGGUGUAACUCUCUGUUGGCUCCUAACACUUGUCCAGGGGAAAUGCUGGGACGGAGGGACAUGUGAUCCAGCGGUUAAAAUUGGCGACGAGCUAGCCAGGAGUCGAACCUAGAAUCUUCUGAUCCGUAGUCAGACGCGUUAUCCAUUGCGCCACUAGCCCCCACACACAUCUCUUCCCUGCCCCUGGCACUGCUGCAUGCAAAAGCAUGGGGCCUGCAAUGCAUGGACGGUGUGGAAAAGGCCUGUGAAGUGACUGGGCAAGUGGCCAAUCAGGGCUGACAAGUAGGAACGGUGGCUUGAGCUGUCCACUUUCAAUGUAUAAAGAACAAAGGAGAGGCCUAUGUGCCCAAGGGACAUGAUAUAAAAGCAAAGUCAGCUCCACACUCUUGCCGUGACCCGGAUUCGAACCGGGGUUGCUGCGGCCACAACGCAGAGUACUCACCACUAUACGAUCACGGCCUCCUGGAAGCUACUUAAGCCCUCUGCUUGUCAGAGAAUAGUUUGAGCCCUGAGCACAAAAACCUCCCGCUUUUAGUGUCGGAGAGGGUUUACUGCGUGAGCGCGGCAUACGUCAGUCGAGUCACCUCAGGGUUUUCCAAGAGGGCUGCGUUUUUUGGCACUUCCCGCACAAAAUGGACCCUAAAAAUUAUGAACCAAAGCAGGUUUCACCACCGCUGUAUCUCACUGAGUGCGAAGGGCUGUGGGCACUCUUAGGACAUGUAGAGAGGUGGUGUAACUCUCUGUUGGCUCCUAACACUUGUCCAGGGGAAAUGCUGGGACGGAGGGACAUGUGAUCCAGCGGUUAAAAUUGGCGACGAGCUAGCCAGGAGUCGAACCUAGAAUCUUCUGAUCCGUAGUCAGACGCGUUAUCCAUUGCGCCACUAGCCCCCACGCACAUCUCUUCCCUGCCCCUGGCACUGCUGCAUGCAAAAGCAUGGGGCCUGCAAUGCAUGGACGGUGUGGAAAAGGCCUGUGAAGUGACUGGGCAAGUGGCCAAUCAGGGCUGACAAGUAGGAACGGUGGCUUGAGCUGUCCACUUUCAAUGUAUAAAGAACAAAGGAGAGGCCUAUGUGCCCAAGGGACAUGAUAUAAAAGCAAAGUCAGCUCCACACUCUUGCCGUGACCCGGAUUCGAACCGGGGUUGCUGCGGCCACAACGCAGAGUACUCACCACUAUACGAUCACGGCCUCCUGGAAGCUACUUAAGCCCUCUGCUUGUCAGAGAAUAGUUUGAGCCCUGAGCACAAAAACCUCCCGCUUUUAGUGUCGGAGAGGGUUUACUGCGUGAGCGCGGCAUACGUCAGUCGAGUCACCUCAGGGUUUUCCAAGAGGGCUGCGUUUUUUGGCACUUCCCGCACAAAAUGGACCCUAAACAUUAUGAAGCAAAGCAGGUUUCACCACCGCUGUAUCUCACUGAGUGCGAAGGGCUGUGGGCACUCUUAGGACAUGUAGAGAGGUGGUGUAACUCUCUGUUGGCUCCUAACACUUGUCCAGGGGAAAUGCUGGGACGGAGGGACAUGGCUGGGACGGAGGGACAUGUGAUCCAGCGGUUAAAAUUGGCGACGAGCUAGCCAGGAGUCGAACCUAGAAUCUUCUGAUCCGUAGUCAGACGCGUUAUCCAUUGCGCCACUAGCCCCCACGCACAUCUCUUCCCUGCCCCUGGCACUGCUGCAUGCAAAAGCAUGGGGCCUGCAAUGCAUGGACGGUGUGGAAAAGGCCUGUGAAGUGACUGGGCAAGUGGCCAAUCAGGGCUGACAAGUAGGAACGGUGGCUUGAGCUGUCCACUUUCAAUGUAUAAAGAACAAAGGAGAGCCCGCUUUUUGUGUUGGAAAGGGUUUACUGCAUGAAAAAAUGAGCUAGCCAGGAGUCGAACCUAGAAUCUUUAGAUCCGUAGUCAGACACACCAUUGCCUCACCAUGCACCCACACACACCUAACAAGUUUAAACUUUCGGGUUUAAUACUAUCUGGUUUUCUUUAAAAUUAUAAGAGACAGUGAAUCUGUGAGUCUUCCCUUUGAUGAUAACUGGUCAAUUGAAAUGGUGUGCCUUUCAUUGGAUUUUAGUCCACAUCAUUCCUUAGUGAUUAUUUUAAGUUCAGUUUUCAAUAAACUUCUUUUUUUUGUUUGUGCUUAGGAUGCCAUUGGCUUGCUGAUGGGACAAACUUGUAUGCCUCAGAUUUCUAGCGUUACCCUGGCCAGGGCAGUUUAUCUUCUUAGUUCCUUGGGGCGAGAACAGAUCACCACACUUACUAUGGCACAAAAACUACUCACCAAACAGGUACAAAUUGUACACUUUUUCUUUGCAGUCUUUAAAAAAAUUAUUUUUGAUUAACCUUUAAUAUUCAUUUGCCUUUCCCCCCCUGUUUUUUAGUUGUGCGCUUUUGGGGAGAGUGUGGCGUUCAACGAUGGAAAAGUUUGUUUUUCCCCUCCUGGUCCAAACAACAUAUACCUCCCUUACCUCAUUUUUCUGGAGGAGGCAACUUUGCAAAUGGGUAAUUUAUAAACUUCUAAUUUUUUUAGUUCAAGCUAAUUUUUAGAGGAGAAUUAAUUUUUUCCCUCUUUUUAGGGGACUUGUAUAAUUUACAUAAUAAAAUUUAGAAUUAGAAGCAGCGGGGGGUAUAAAAAAUAAUUCUACUUUUAAUUUUCUGCUUGAUGAGGAGCAUUCAGGUGUCUUUUUCUGGAUUCAUUAAAACUCAACCCCAUUUUUUCCUUUUUUUAAAUGUGUUUUCUUUCCCAGGUAACAUCAAUAACACUAGUGCCUUAGAAGUGCCAGUCUCUGCUAAGUCCUUGCAGUCCACUUCCAAUACAUCUUCAGAUGCAUGAGGUCUACUUAAGAGUGAUAUUUCAUGCAAUUUAUAAUACAAUUUGUACUGUGAUUUUUGAGUGGUUGUUUGUUGGCCACAGAGAGAACAAAUUUUGUGAUUAAGCCAACCAAAUGUAAAGACACAUCAUUAUAGAUCCUGCUGCCUGUGAUUACC